ACUCAGGCCUGCAGUAUGUAUAUAAAUUUAUACAUUGCAGUCUUCUGAAAUCAAGACCAAAAGAAAUCAGAAUGUUGUAUGUGCUUCUCUUCAGUCUUAUCAUCAGCUCUGGAGCAGAGGAACCGAAUAGUAAGGAUUAUUUUAAGUUAUACAUUUAUUGUUCUAAUGUGACUAGCUUGAAACUAUGACCUUAAUGUUAAGUUAUAUCAUAACUAAUACCUUUUUUUAACUCAAAACUUAUAUAAAAACUGAGUGAGAAAUAUUAAUCUAGGAUAAUCCACUACAGAAAUUUAAGUUAAGAUUUAGUCUAUAAGAGUCCUUUAAAGCUAUAUAGGCUAGUGUAUUAAAGUCAUUAGGAUAGGAUAGUCCGUUAGAAUUUUUAAAAUAGGAAAGUCCAUUACAGUCAUUUAAGAUAGGAUAGACCAUUAGAAUCCUUUUAGGAUAAGAUAGACCAUUAGAGUUAUUAAGUUGGUAUAGUCCAUUAAAGUCCUUUAGGAUCAGAUAGCACAAAAGUAUUAUUAAGAUGGGAUAGUCCGAUAGAGUCAUUUAGAUGGGAUAGUAGAUUUGUGUCAUUAAAUAUAUGAUAGUACAUUAGAGUCAUUUAUGAUAAGAUAGUACAUUAAAUUUAUUAAAAUGAGAUGGUACAAUAGAAUCAUAUACUAUGUGAUACUCUGUAAAAGCAUUGCUGCUCGCAAUGCAGACACGGGUUUUACCUUUACACGUCGCCGACCUUUCAGUGGACCUCAAGUCCAAGCUCAUUCUGGUUCAACUGGUGAGUUGAAAAAAACGACAUAAACCAAACCUCACAAGAAUUUCGUCAACUACCACCAGGGCACACAUUUAAAAAAGGCAAAGACAGUUCCCGGAGGAAAAGUGGGCGAUGUAUGUAGCAGAGACCAAAACAAACCUACAGACCUUAUUGGGAUAAAAAACCUCUGAAGGCGCUGGUUGAGAAACGAGCAAAAAUAAUGUUCGAAAUAAGAAAAAUGCUUUAUCACAUGGGCAAAAACGCAAAAAAUACACUUUUAAACCUUGUCUGUAAAACCUGGACAACUAGCGUCUUGCCAAUAGCGUGGCAACAAUCAGUGGUUGUCCCGAUUCCCAAAGAAGAUAAACCACGCGACCAACAGUCAAGCUAGCGGCCCAUUCAUGCCACAUAGUGCUUGUGGGAAGUAUCAGAGCAAAUGGUCAACGCUUGACUUUAUUGGUUCAAUGAACAAGCCGAGAGCAGCCCAAACAACCAUGGUGGCUUGCAAAAGAGAAGACAACCUAUGGAACAGGUAAUGCAUUUCAUCAAAAGCACAACCAUAAGUUUCAACAUGAAAAAUCGUACCGUCACAGUUUAUUUGACCUCCAGCAAGAGUAUGAUAAAGUAUGGAGUGUAGGUAUACUCUACAAGUCACAACAGCUCGGAGUGACAGACAUUAUGCACGGAUUAAUGCAUUCUUUCUUAUAAAACCGUAUAAUAUUAACCCGUGUCGGGGACAAGGUUUUGCACAUGUGUGACUCGAGGAAGAACUCAACAGAGGUCAGUCUUGUGCUACACCCCAUUCUGGGCGUAUUUUUAUGACCUAAAGUCACAUUUUAUUGCAAAAAAUGCAAUGAUUGCAGACGAGUUAGAAUUUGGCUUAUCCAUUGCGCAGUUGUUGAGUCGGCUGUAGGUAGACCUAGCCAAGAUAGAUGACUACACUAGGUAAAGGAGAUUGGUGGUGAAUACGGAGAAAAGUGUCUACUCUUUGUUUAACAAUAGAAGGAAUGCUCUCAAAAAAGAAAUCAAUCUUUAAAUUCUGCGGAAAAACAAUUAAAUGGGAUAAAUCACCCACGUACCUGUGCAAUAAGCUAGAACACAAACUCCAGCUUCACAACCAUGUACUUGAACUUGGCGUUCUUGCAACGCCGAAACACAGCCUGGUCUAAAAAAAAACACGGUAGCAUAACUUGGGGAGCCUAUACAACUCUUCUGAGAUCACUUUAUCUCGGAAGUGUAAGAGUUGCUCUAGACUACAUCCUUCCGGUGCAGAUCUUUUUAAGCCGAACAGCGUAGAGUGGCCUGGACAAAACCUAACCCUUAGGUUUGCAUGGGAGGCGAUGAGUACAACAUCUUCGACUAUUGUGAAAAUAGUGUCAGACAUAGAACCACUUAGCAUUAGGCAGUACAAAGCCUUCUCAACGACAGUGGCACGUUACCGUCGAAUGAAAAGGAUGGAACCUUGUUUCCAAUUAAAAGACCGGUCGGUAAAGCGGACAAGAUUAGAGAGGCCCCCCUUUAUGGAUGCGGCCUAUUCACUAUAGAUAAGCACCAAAUACCAGGAGACAAUGGGAAAUGCGCUUGGUCCCGAAGAGAUAACAGAACGAUAGCUGCGAUGGGGACAUCUUUUUAAAGGGGCAUGGCUAUACACUGGAAUAAUGGACUAACAGCCCGGAAUCUUUACCGGAACGUGUCAAAAAACAAACCAAAAGUGGGAUCAAUGGCAGCGUCCUAAACGCGACCGGCAGAGUCCCAUCACGCAGAUGAGGACAGAGCACUGCACAACCCGUAGCUACCUAAAUAGGUUACCCCACUUUUGGGGCCCGAGCUGCCGUCAUUGUGGACAGGCCCCUGGACAUUCCUGCACUUACUAGCCAUGUGUUCGACGCUAACGACUGGGGUGAUCCCAGCCAACCACGUUGACAGUCUUAUUUAAGGCACAGCUCAGCAGAUGCGGCAGGACUGUAUGGGACUAGACGUGGCCAUAAAAGAGCAAUAGCUCAGCUCCAAAAAGUGAUUGUAAUAUAUAUAUAUAUAUAUAUAUGUCAUGGUCCAUUAGAGUCAUUUAAUAAGAUAACCGAGUCCAUUAGAGCCAUUUAGGAUACGAUAGUCCAUUAGAGUCUUUGAGUUAGGACAGUCUAUUAGAGUAAAUUAGGAGAGUCCAUUAGAUUCAUUAAGGAUAGGAGAGUCCAUUAUAUGCAUUUAAAUAGUUCAUAUUUUAAUAUUUUAAAGGCUAAUCCCAUGAAGAACAUCAUGUCUUAAAUGUUUAAAGUUGAAAGAAUCAAGGAAAAAAUGGUAAAUAAUCCAUUAUUCUAGGCUUACCAUAACGACCAGUUUGACCCAUGAUCAGUGCCGUCUUAAGGCAUGGGCCCAGUGGGCACUUGCCCAGGGCCCCGCGCUUCUAGGGGGCCCCUAGCUUCUAUGAGAGUCACUCUUAUAAAGACUUCUUGAUGCAAAUAUUGUUUAUGAAUAUUGAAAAGUUUUCGCAAUUAAAUUUCAAUGGACAGCACGUUUCCCAAUUUUAACCCCCAAUUUUAUUGGCACGUUCCAAAAUAGUAUUAUAAAUGCGUGACACAGGCUGGAUACUUUUUAAAAUUUUAAAGGGGAUAACGCUCGUCAACAAGUUUGACUUCUCCCAGAUAUGAAUUGAGAAAUCAUAAAGUUAGAGCAUUUGUUAACAAGCAUGUUAGCCAAAGAUGUUGGCCCGAGCGGUAAUAACCCUAGAUACGCUUCUGCUCCGUAGUGAAAUUAGUGGAGAAACAUCUAUCCCAGCACCAGUUAAAGUACUACUGAAUUUAAUUAGCAUUAUACCAGUAACUUGUGGGGCACCAAUGAAUAAUUAUUGUUCAAAGUAACUUUAUUUUAAAAAAAAAAAAAAAUAAAAACCCCAAAUAACUUUGUAUUUUUUUAACAGAAAAAUAUUUUGUAUUCUGUGUCGGAAAAAAAACAUUUAAAGGAUAAAUAGAACCCAACAGUCGCCGUAUGUCUGAGCUGUAGGCAGAAAUAUAUAGGCAUCUAGACAUAAUUUGUGCUCACGGUUUAAAGCUCAAAGUCAUUUUCAUCUGACGUACCAGGCAGCUCAAACACAGAGAUCGAUUUUUAUUAAUGGCACCAUUUCUAUUGAUCAUUUCCCGAUGUUGGUUUUUAGCGGGGCACGUGUCAGUCUGAAGGGACAGACACAUCCAUAAAAAAAAUUACCUGUAUCUUUUAAACGGAUUGCUGCUAUUACUAUAGAAUUACGUGUAACGAAUGAAUAUAUUUCUAGGUGUUUAAACACUUAACCGGGAGUAAAAAAUUAGUUUUAUAAUUUGAGCACAGAAGAGAAAAAGAGAUGAGGAGACGAGGAAAACGGGUAAACAUGCAAAAUGAACAUCUUGGUUAAAUCCAAUCGAAAUAUCAGUGACUAAUACAGCUCAUCAAAAUAAAAAAAGCCUCAUCAAUAUCCUCUAUUGGAUCCAGCCAUAUAGUUCCAGACAAUACCAUUACCUAUUUCCUCUGCUGGGGAAAUUGUAAACAUUGAAACACACAAACCUGUGUCAGAAAAUGAGAGUGUGUGACUCACCACACAGAUCCCGGGCUUUGGAAAAUUAAGAAGACUUGUAUGGUUGAGUAUUGAAUUUGCGGUGGGCUAUCAUUGUGUCAGAAUAAUGACUACAACCUUUCAGACUCAGGCAGAGCUGGAGAAGAAAGAACUAAGACAAGGUAUUUAUCUAGAUUUAUGUUCUAACGUGAACUGCUGAGUGGUGAGUAUGUAAAACUUGAAUGGCUUCUCUAUUCACCACACCAAGGUUGUUUGUAUUGUUUUGUGUGUCGCCUAUUGUACAAAAAAGUAUUUCUCUAUGCUAUAUCAGGAAUAAAGUGCUAUAAACAUAACAAUCUCAUUGUAGAACAUGAAAAUGGAGUAGUGCAUCGCAAUGACAUGACUGCAUAUUACCUCCUACGGCCAUAUUCUUGAGCAAGUUUCCUCCGUAAAGUACCUGGGUGUUACCAUUCAAAGAGAGGUCCGAUGGGAUGAACAUAUUAACAAUGUAUGUAACCAAGCAAACAAGACCCUAGGGUUCUUAAGGCGAAAUCUAAAGAUUGGCAACUCCUGUGUGAAAGAAAGAGCAUAUAAAGCCUUUAUCCGUCCGAUUUUAGAUUAUGCAUCUUCAGUCUGGGACCCAUUUACCCAGAAGAGCAUUGACAGGUUGGAGGCGGUCCAGCGACGAGCAGCACGCUUUGUCCUAAACCGCUACAGGAAUACCUCAAGUGUUGGCAGCAUGCUAGAAACACUAGGCUGGUCACCAUUGGAGAAACGACGACGACAAUCCAGGCUCUCCAUGAUGUACAAGAUAAAUAAUGGGCUGGUCCACUGUUCCAGUAUUAAACAGAAACUCGUACCUCUCCCCCAUAGACAGCGACGAGGCCAUGACAGGCAAUUCAGGCUCAUACCAGCAAGAAGCCAGUAUAGGAGCUGCUCAUUCCUGCCCAAGACAAUCAGGGACUGGAACAAUCUUUCAAAAGGAACGGUUGAGGCGACAACACUAGACACAUUUGUGUCUAUUGCCUCAAGCCUUCAAACCCCCAGUGCAUGAUUCCCUCACAAAGUGGCACUGGAAAUCUGUGAAAUUUCCUCAUCAACACCAGGAACAGAAACAUUGCAAAUCCCAUCUACAUGCAUAGGAGCCAAAAUGAUCAAUAAAUUGAUCGUGGGCCCUUAAGAUAUAGAAGAAGAAGAAAGAAGCUUGGUGUUUAGGUCCUUUAUUAAUCAAAGACCACAGGUCAAAACAGAAGUUCUGGCAUAAGGUUCUGACUCGUGGGGUUUAUGUCAUUUGCUUUCUUGCCCCCAGAGGUUUGGGUCAAACUAUUGGGUCAGUAAACUAUGGAAAUUGUUUAGGUAUUUUAGAGCUACUGAGUGAAUUGAACCUUUUUUGGAAGAUUAUCUCAAACUGUAUGGAAAUGCUGGAAAAGGUAACACAUCGAAUCUGUCGACACAUAUUUGAAAAAAAAAAUUAUUGAUCUAAUGGGACAACAUGUCCUUUAUGCUAUUCUGGAAGAAAUUAAAGAGUCAAAGUAUUCUUCAAUAAGUUAUGAUUCCACUUCACACACUGAUCAACUGACUUUUACUUUCCAGCACAUUCGAGGAUGUAAGUCUGUGGAACGUUUUAUCAAGUAAAUGUCAAUAUUUUCCAUUGGAGAAAAGGAUCUAAAAGACAUUGUUGUGUAUCAAAGGAUCUAGCAGACAAUUUUUUGGAUUUCCUGAAUGAGAAAGAAAUUCCGCCUUCAAUUUGCCGUGGUCAAUCGUAUGACAAAGCUUAAAAUUUAUAUGUCUGGAAGCUACACUGGAUUGCAAGCACAAGUUUGCCGCGGUUGUCCCUUGUGCUGGACACAGCCUGAACUUAGUGGGCUUAAAAGCAGCAGAGUGUAGUCUGCAAGUUGGGAAAUACUUUGACUUUGUUCAGCGCCUUUAUAUCCUUUUAUCAGCUUCCAUACAUCGAUGGAAUGUUCUGGUAUCUUCCUUAGAAAAAUCUCUCGUUGUCGUAAAGCAUCUGUCUGACACCAUAUGGUCGGCUUAUUUUGAUGCCGUAAACGUUUCGGAAAAAAUACAAGAUGCUCUGGACUCUGCAUCAGCUGACACUGGACUCUGUAUCAGCUGACACUGGACUCUGCAUCAGCUGACACUGGACUCUGUAUCAGAUGACACUGGACUCUGUAUCAGCUGACACUGGACUCUGUAUCAGAUGACACUGGACUCUGUAUCAGCUGAAACUGGACUCUGUAUCAGCUGACACUGGACUCUGUAUCAGCUGACACUGGACUCUGUAUCAACUAACACUGAUCAGGGAAAAAAACGAGGAGUGAGGCAGAACGACUAAGUAAUAAAAUGGAGAAUGAUAAUUUCUCAUCUUUUGAGAAGCCUUAUAAUGUAUUUCUGACAAUACUUUAAAAAGAAUACUGCACAGAAAUGAAUUUUUUUGGGGUAAUAAUAAGUUGAAUUAAGCUAUUUUUAACUUUAUUGAAUGUUUAUUCUUAUUUUACAAUUUUAUUUCUCUUGGUGAGUUGGGUUGGGAGAAGAAAAUUGCUUGCGCCCCCCCCCCCCCACUGUUUGAAACAGAAAUGAAUUUUUUUGGGGUAAAAAUAAGUUGAAUUAAGCUAUUUUUAACUUUAUUGAAUGUUUAUUCUUAUUUUACAAUUUUAUUUCUCUUGGUGAGUUGGGUUGGGAGAAGAAAAUUGCUUGCGCCCCCCCCCCCCCACUGUUUGAGCGUGGGGCGAGUGCCCCACUUCGCCCCCCUUCUAAUGAACUUGAUGUGUUGUGUUGCUGCGGGCCCCAACGCAUUGCUGAUAUUAGUUUGAUAUUAGUCCAGACUUAAUCUAAAUUUUGUAGAAAUUAAUUUGUAAUUCACGAGUUAGAUAGUUUGCUACACCUCGUACAAAGCAGAAAGUUAUUGAUGUCAUAUUCCUUAUUUAACGUAUGUAUACUGAACUUCUAUUUGUAAACACUGUCAAAUUCUUAUGAUAUAUAAAUGACAUUCAAUUCGAUUUUAGAAUAAAGAAAUCCUCUGUAAAUAGAUUAUUUAAUAGAGAAAUAGGACAGUGUGAAAAAGUCUUCGAAAUAUAAUUACGCAGUGAACAUAAGAUCAAGCUUUUCAGUUGUAGCUUGAUUCCUAGUGGCGUACAUUGACUAAAUGUCACCAAGGAUUGCGCACCCCGAGCACACAUCUGUUAUAUAAUGUUGGUAAAAAAAACUAAUACAAUUUGCUUCAAGCUAGAUGUUCCCAUGCGUCUUGAUUUAAAUCCUGCAAAUUAUAGACAGUCUGAUAUGUUGUAAUUUCAAUGACGAGAAAAUGUUCAACCUCAUAAUGUUUUUAAUUAAGAAUGUAUAGGUUAGAACGUCCUCAUGACUUACAUGAGCAGAGGCUCCAAUGAAAUAUUUGGGGAAUGAGGAUUGGGUCAUUCCAAACGAUGGUAGAAUGGAGAUUGUAUAGUCAGCCAAGAAGGGCAGCUACUCUUGGGGAAAAGUUAAAAGGAAAAUACAGUGGAACCUCUCAUUACGAGCACCUCUCAUAACGAGUAAUUCGCAUAACGAGCAAAAAAAAUGUGUUCGUGUCUUAUUAAUAUAAAAAAAAUGUGAAGAAGCUGCUCCCUUAACGAGCGACAUUUCGCAUAACGAGUUACACAGAAAGUCCUUUUUCCCGAAAUUUAUUAAUUUUGUGAGCCGUGACUUUGGCACCUAUGCAUUAGUCUGUGUUUAACACUCGGUCUGUUUUCGUGUGUGAUCACCAGUUUUUAACAAAUUUGUAUUCAGACAGUAUUCGUAAAUUUUGUUUAUGUGCAAAGUGUAAUAACCUGUGCUAAAAUGUCUUCGAAGAAAAAACCACAAGAAGACAUUCAUAAAAGAGAAAAAAUAACUGUUGAAAUGAAACGUAAAAUCAUUGAAAAGCGAGAACAAGGUGUGAGCGUUGCUAAUCUAGGGCGCACAUACAAUCUGUCGAUAUCUGAGAUCUUCACUAUUCUUAAGAUCAGAAACAAGAUAUAUUUAUGAGAUGGAUGCUUCAAAGGGAUUGUCAAGAAUGUCUACAAAAUGGUUACGUAUUCUUGAUAAUGUUGAGAGGUUGCUUCUAAUAUGGAUAAACGAGAAGCUAUUACAAUAGGGGUCGCUAUUAACGAAACCAUUAUUUGUGAGAAGGCCAAACUUAUUUUCGCUGACUUCGUUAAGAAAACACAAGGAUCAUCUACUGCCGAAAAAGAACUACAAUUCAAGGGAAGUCAUGGAUGGUUCGAGAUGUUUAAGAGAAGAACCGGCAACUAGCGUUGUGAGGCAGGGUGAAGCAGCAAGCUCUGACACGAAAGCGGCAAAGAACUUCAUCAGUUACUUCAAGAAGCUCAUAUAUCUUGGGGGUUACCUGCCGCAACAAGUUUUUAAUUGUGAGAGACGGGGCUCCUCUGGAACAAAAUGCCAAAGACAACCUACAUAACAGCAGAGGUGAAUGAAUUACCAGGCCACAAGCCAAUAAAAGAUUGCCUCACGCUGCUCUUUUGUGUCAAUGCAAGCUGCGAUUUGAAAAUUUAACCGCUGCUUGUUUACCAUUCAAAAACUCCACCAGCCUUUAAGAAAUGUAAUGUCCAGAAGAACAGACUAAAUGUGAUGUGGAGAUCCAACAAGAAGGCCUGGGUGACACUUGACAUUUUCACUGAUUGGAUCAAUGAAGUGUUUGAUCGUUCCGUAAAAAAUAUAUUUGCUUGAGAUGAAUCUUCCUCUCCAUGUCAUGCUUGUCAUGGACAAUGUGCCCGCCCAUCCUCCAAGCCUACAAGCUGAUAUUUAUGAAAAAUUUAAUUUCAUCAAUACCCAGUUUCUGCCUCCCAACACCAAUACUUACUCCAGCCUAUGGAUCAACAGGUUAUUUCUAACUUAAAAAAACUCUACACUGAAACACUCCUCGAGCGUUGUUUUGAAGGUACCGAAUAGACAAAUCUCACUCUUAGAGAGUUUUGUAAAAAUUAUUUUUAAAUCGUUGCUUGCCUAAAGAUGAUUGACAAGGCUUGGGAAGGAGUUCCAAAGAGGACCCUCAUUUCUGCUUGGAAAAAAGUUGGCCAGAGAGUGUUUUUGAAAGUGAUUUUGAAACAGUACCUGUGGAGUCUACAGUUAACAAGAUUGUGUCAUUGGCCAAUAGCAUGGGACUCGAGGUGGACAUCAAAGAUAUAGAAGAGCUUGUGAAAGAGCAUAGACCACUGAAGAAAUAAUGGAGUUGCAUCGCGUUUCACAGCAAGACAUUAUGGAGGAGAGCUCAUUAAUAUAGGAAAAAGUAGCAGAGCAACAAUCUUCUAGCGCAAUAAGAGAUAUGCUGAAAGCAUGCAAAAUAUUGCAUCGUACAUUGAGAAGCAUCAACCUAAUAAGGAGGUAGCUAUUCGUGCUACAAAUUUAUCCAAUGAUAAUUCUGUGACACAUUUUCGUCAAAUUUUGAAGCGUCCAUAAAAAGAAAUGUCUUCAGACAGUUUUCUAGUUAAAAAGGAUUAAUUAUCUAUAUAUAUAUAAAUGAAUGUUUGUAUGUCUGUAUGUCUGUAUGUCUCGUAUGCGCUCCUACGCCAUUCUUGCGAUUGCAACAAAACUUUAGUCAGUUGUUUUCCACAUAACCGGUCAUUUAACUGAGUCAUUACUAUCCUUAUCAAAUGUUUCAUUUCCAGCCGUUAGCCAUUAAUUGUUUUUUUUUCUAAUAUAAGCAAUGUAAAAAAUAAUUUCCAUAUGCGCUCCUACGCCAUUUAUCAGAUUCCGAUAAAACUUUAGUGACAUGUUGCACGCAUGUCCAUAAAGGUUUAUAAAGUAUUACAACCGUUUUAAAGUAUUCAGUUUUGAGCCAGGGGCCCUAUAUUCAUUUUUCCUUAUAUGAGCUAUAUAAAUAUAUUUUCAAACCGUAUGCGCUUCUACACCAUUAAAGCGAUUGCUACAAAACUUGGUGAGUUGUUGUCCAUGUGCUAGAGCAUUUUACUGUGUUAUUUAAACACUUUUAAAAAUAUUCCGUUUUCGGCCGUUGACCCAAAUUCAUAUUUUUUUCUUAUAUGAGCAUUGUAAAAAAUAAUUUCCGUAUGCGCCCUACGCCAUUUAUCCGAUUGCAAAGUAACUUUGGUGAGAUGUUGGGAGCAAGGCCGCAAAGGUUUCUAAAUUAUUACAAUUUUUCAAAAUAUUCCGAUUUGAGCCAGGAGCCCUAUUUAAGUUUUUUUCUAAUACGAGCUAUAUAAAUACAUUUUCAAACCGUAUGCGCUCCUGCACCAUCCAUGCGAUUGCAACACAACUUUGAAGAAAUGUUAUCCAUAAUCAUACCCAUUUUACUCAUUCAUUACAACAUUUUUAAAAUAUUCCAUUUUCGACUGUUGACCCAAAUUCAUUUUUUUUUUCUUAUAUGAGCUUUGUAAAAAAUAAUUUCCGUAUGCGCUCCUAUACCACUCUUCAGAAUGCGAUACAAAUUUAUUGAGAUGUUUUGCUAUCGCCCACAAAGGUUCUUAAAUUGCUACAACCGUUAAAAAUAUUCAGUCUUGAGCCAGGGGACCUAUGUUUGUUUGUACAAAAUGAGCUGUAUAAAUAUAAUUUCAAACCGUAUGCGCUCCUACAUCAUUCAAGUGCUUGAGAUAAAACUGAGGUGAGUUGUUGUCCAUAAGCCAGACCAUUUUUCUAAGCCAUUAUAACCCUUCUAAAAUAUUCCGUUUUUUUGGUAAUUGGCCCCAAAUUCGUGUUUUUUUCCUUAUAUUUAGGAGCUUUAAAAAAAAUUAAUUCCGUAUGCGCUCCUCUACAUUAUUAGACUGUGAUAAAAUUUUAGAGAGAUGUUGUGCGCACGCCCGCAAAGGUUUCUUAAAUGAUUACAACCAUUUUAAAAUGCUCCGUUUUUUAACCAGGGGUCCUAAUGUUCGUUGUUUCUAUAUAAGCUAUAAAACUAUAAUUUCAAACAGAGCUAAUGCAUGGAUGGAUAGCUUUUUAAUCAAAUACAAAUAGUGAUACUAAAUUGAGUGUGUGACAUUUUAAGUAGGUUUCUAAAGUAAUACAACAAUUCUACAAUUUCCAUUUGUGGCGACUGGCCCUAAAUUCGUUUUCCACACUUCUAUUAUCUAUAUAAUUAUCGUAUGCAUUUCUAUACCAUUCAAUCGAUUGUGAUAAAACUGGGUCAAGUGAAAUGCGCACUACCGCAAAUGUUUCUAAAUUAGAAAAAACAUUUUACAAUAUUCCGUUUGGGCCAGUGACCCUAAUUUCAUAUUUUCUUCUAAGAGCUUUAUAACUAUAAUUUCAAACAGAGCUAUUGCAUGUGUGGAUGGAGCUGAAUACGCCAGCAAAUUUGUCAAAUUUAGUACAUCCAUUGUACAAUAUUCCAAUUAGGGCUGGGACCCUAAAUUCGUUUUAUUUUCUUAAAUGAGCUUGAUCAAUAUAAUUUAAAACGGAGCUAUCAACACAACCGUCCUUGAACAAAUUACACAUUUGUAGUAAAGCAGAGAAAACACGUUUUUGCAUUUUUAGUGUAGAGAGUAUUUUUGUUAUGUGUAUAAAUAAGCUUAAAUUUUGUGACGUAUUUUAGAAUCGGAAAUGACAUCGAAAUCGUGUUUUUUUUUCAACUAAGAGUAUUUCUUGAAUAGAGUCUUAUAAUUUCAGAGUUGUUUUGUGUUAUGUAAAUACAUUUUACAUGAAUCGAUGGUUUCUCAAGUAAUUAAAUGGUAAUUUAACUAUGGUAAUUUUUUUACCGCUGGAAUUUACGAUUUAUAAAUUAAUGUGAAACUAUACAACUGGAAAUCUCCUGCCAACAAUGAACGUACCUAUUGUGCGAGGUUUUCAUGUAAAAAGAUGGGAGAUCCUAACGUGUGAAAAUUAUGAGCGUUAGGAAUAUUGUAAAUUAAUUGAAUCAUAUACAAACAGCGAUAUUUCAUUUUGUUUGUGACCUAACAAGUUGUGUUAAUUGGGAAAUACCAUUGCUAACAACAGAUGUCACAAAGCAAUAAUUUCGCUGUCAAAUCAAUUAUUCCACCCAAACAAAAAUGUGUGGGUCUAUCUAAACCUCAAGCACGAAAGGAAAAGUAGUCCCGAUCUUUCGAAACUGUUGAGCAACGGAAAGCAAGACUAGAAUCCACUCGAGUACGCAAUGCUCAAUACCGUUCACCUGAAACAGUCGAGCAAUAGUAACCAAGACUCAAAACCGGCCGAGUAAGCAAUGCUGAAACCCGUUUGUUUGAAUCAUUCGAGCAGCGAGAAACAAGACUGGAUUCCGAUAAAGUACGCACUGCUCGAUCCAGACGAACACUGCACGCUGAAUUAAACCUUAGUACAUUCCAUUACGAUGCUAAUUAUGAUUACAGUCUUAAUCCAAGUGUGGUUUAUUUGAAAAAUAAAUCAAUUAUGCGUGUAUUGCAGUGCCCUCAAAUUUAAAAAUGGAACACCGGGAAUUUGCUGCGCGGAUGGGAAAAUGAAAUAGCCAGAAUUACAUUCACCAUCGGAACCAUUAUCAACGUUGGUAUCAGGUGACAAUAGCCAAUCGAAACAUUUCUAGGCAAAUAUACGCUAGUGCAAUUCAUGUUUCCAAAUGACAUCGUUCGGUGCAACAAAUAUCGUGCGCGAGAAUUACAUGCCAACAUUUAAAGUAUAUUGCAAGGCCAAAUUUACCAUCGUGUAGGAUCUCUGAUGCUAAAGUCGAACACAGAUCAAAAAUGUCUUCAAAUGAUUUCAUGAGGAAUACUGAUGAACAAAUCGAUCAACGUUGUCAUAUAAAUAUGGGUACUAAACGAUAAAUCGUCGCUGCAAUGCAAACGUUAUUCUUGCAACACAACGAAUUAAUUCAAAUUUUCAGAAUUACACUUGAAAAGAUGCCGAAUGAUGACUACAAAGUCAUAGUUAGAGCAGACAAAACACCUGUCGGCCAACACGAAAGACAAUACAAUGCACCAACAAUUGAUGAAGUGGCAAUCGUUAUAGUUGGCGAAGAAUUUAACUCUAGUGAUAUCAUUCUUCAUCGCAGAAGUGGUGAUGUUCAGCGAGUCUCAGAAACUCAUCGCUCAUACGAUGGAUUGCAAUGUCCUAUUUUAUUUUGGAAAGGAGAAGAUGAAUAUCAUUUUGACAUCAAAUUGAGAAGUUCGAAUAAGGAAGUCAGUGCCAUGAAAUACUAUUGAUAUCGAUUGAUGAUUCGUGAGUUGGGAAUGACCUCUCGGAAUCGAUCUACAAACAAACUUUUCGCUCGUGAUUUGCAACGAGAAACGCACUUUGAUAUCGAAGAAUUAGGUACGGUACAUUUGUUCAUAUGAAUCUUCCGAAAUGGGUUCCAUUGAAGUUACUAUUUAAAUGGAAAAUUUAAACUAGGUGAUGUACUUUUGCCAUUCACUCCAAUGAUUCCAACAGAUAUGCCAUUUGAAUUCAAACGCCUACAAUUUCCGAUGCGACACGCGUCUACAAUGACUAUCUACAAAGCUCAGGAACAAUCGCUACAAGUUUGCGGACUAAAUUUGGAAAACCCAUGCUUAGCCCAUGGUCAGAUGUAUGUGACCUGCUCUCGCGACGGAAAAUCUUCUGAUUUAUUCGUGUAUAUACCAGAUGGAAAAACAAGAAAAACUUUGAGUAUUUAAAAGCUCUUGAAGAAACAUAAUUAACAUGCAAACACUUUCUUUCUUUGAGUGGCAUUACAACGCAUGCGGGUACUCGCUAGUAUGUCAUAAAUUCAUAUUUUUAUUUACGUUUUUGUUUCAAAUUUAAAUUGUACUCCAAGUUGUUACACGCCUUAACAAUUCAUAAGUAAUUUUCUUUGAAUAAAUGUUAAUAUUUUUUUUUAAAUUAGUAUUUUUUUCAGCAUGGAACGCAUUAUCGUAUUUUACAUUGAUUUGUAUGGGAAAAUGUGUUUCGUUUAGCGAGUGUUUCGCUUAACGAGUAAGAUUUUUGUACGAAUUAUGCUCGUUAUGAGGUUCCACUGUAUUAACUGGUUCUGAUGGAUUUAUUAGCUAUUUUUCAAAUUAUUCUACAUUUAAAUUAUGUAACUAUGGAAAAUAUUUUAGCGUUUACAGGUGUAUGACGUUUCCUUUGUUAAUUACUUCACCAUGGCACACACCAAUCCCAGUUCUUGAUGAAUUCAUACAAUAAAGAUUAGGGUCUGAUGGAUAAAAUGUUUGUCUCGUUCAUUGGAUACGGAAUUUUUAUUUUUGAACUGUAGCGCACGCGCGAGCGAAAAACUCAAAAAUAAUACUGAUGGGUGUUUUCGUUCUGAUGAAGGCUUUUACCGAAACAAAUUACAUUUGAUACUUGUUUUAUCAUAAAUCUUGAGAUUUAUUUGUUUUAUUUACACGAAUUCUUUGUUAAUCUAAACAUUUCCGAAACUUUUCAGUGAUCAACUUUAAAAAAAGAAAACAUCCGCAGUCUUGAUUUGAUAUCUGAUUCACGUCUCUGAAAUCUAUAAAAUAGUUCUGACUGUGUAUAGACCUCUUCGACCUACACAUAAGUCGCAAACUCAUGUGUCAGAGAUCUCGUGUUUUUGUAUUGGAAGUGUCACGCUUGAACUAUGCUACAAGUCUACAGCCACGUCUGCCAAAUAUUUACAAAUACGAAAGCUUGUUAUUUUCAGCAGUUUAGCGUUAGCAUGACUUACUGUUCAAUAUUAAAAUUAUCAGAUCAAUAAAUCUGAGUGAAAAUCAAUCAAAACGUCAUAUGAACUCCAUUAUCAAGAGUAUUUAUAUACAUAUUAAUUACUGAUGCCGUAUGUUACGCUAUUCAUAUGUAUGGAUGUUACAUUUUGUUAAAUAUUCGUAUUACUAAUUUUAUGAUUUUAAUUUAAGUCAAGUUAUUUUUACCUGUAAAUUUGUCUAUUUGUUCACUGAGCAUGAUUAUUUCAUUUAUGUCUUGAAUAAUCAGACUAUGUUCUAUCCAAAAGGAUGCAAAAGAAUUGUUUGUGGGGUAUACAACCCAGAUGUUCCGAAAAAUUUUGUUCCUAAGGGAUUUCCCAAAGAUUAUUGCACCCAUGCUAUCUAUUAUUCCGCUGGCAUUGUAGGAAAUAACUUGACAAAUAUGUACAGCUAUGAAUUGAGCACAGGCAGACACAAAGGCUUGUAAGUACGCAAUAACUACUCUUUUCUUUGUAGUAUCAUAUUAUAUACUGAUAUGCCUGAUGCCCGGAACGUGUACAUCAUUACGUUAGAUCAUUCUGAAAAUCGUUAAGGAACUUUAUAUUAUAAAUGGCUAUAGAUUUACACAUUAAUAAUAUGUGACUUGACAUUAUAGGCUUUGAUCACAAAUUGGUAGUAUGUUUUGGUCAGACUACGCCGAACCCUUGGUGUGUGCUUUUGUUUAGACUUCGCCGAACCCUGGGUGUGUGCUUUUGGUUAGACUACGCCGAACCCUGGGUGUGUGCUUUUGGUUAGACUACGCCGAACCCUGGGUGUGUGCUUUUGUUAGACUACGCUAAAAUCUGGGUGUGUGCUUUUGGUUAGACUACGCCGAACCCUGGGUGUGUGCUUUUAUGGUAGUAUGUUUUGGUCAGACUACGCCGAACCCUUGGUGUGUGCUUUUGUUUAGACUUCGCCUAACCCUGGGUGUGUGCUUUUGGUUAGCCUACGCCGAACCCUGGGUGUGUGCUUUUGGUUAGACUACGCCGAACCCUGGGUGUGUGCUUUUGUUAGACUACGCUAAACUCUGGGUGUGUGCUUUUGGUUAGACUACGCCGAACCCUGGGUCUGUGCUUUUGGUCAGACUACGCCGAAUCCUGGGUGUGUGUUUUUGGUUAGACUACGCUGAACCCUUGGUGUGUGCUUUUGGUCAGACUACGCCGAAUCCUGGGUGUGUGCUUUUGGUUAGACUACGCUGAACCCUGGGUGUAUGCUUUUGGUCAGACUACUCCAAAUCCUGACUGUAUGCUUUUUUGUCAGACUAAGCCGAACCCUGAGUGUAUGCUUUUGGUCAAAACUUAGUUUCGUCUGAAAUAAUCAAAGUAUGAAAUUGUCCAUUUGCGAAAGUUUCGGUGUACGCAUUUGUCAGUCUGCGCUAUUUUCCGUGUGCGCUAAUGUUGGUGUGCGCAUUUUUCCUGUGCGCAAUAAUGGCUUUGUUGAGCUUUAUGUUUGCGUUUAUCGUGUGCGCAUUUAUCUUGUGCACGUAUUUCUUGUCAGCCACCGUAUGCAUUUGUCUUGUGCUCGUAUUUCUGGUCAUCCACCGUAUGCAUUUAUCUUGUGGGUGUAUUUCUGGUCAUCCACCGUAUGCUUUUGUCUUUUGCGCCUAUUUCUGGUCAUCCACCAUUUGCUUUUGGUCCAAUAUUAGUUUUGUCCCUUGAUUAUAAAUAGAAAAAAAUAUAAAAAAAUUUGUUACAAAAUUAAAGAGAAAAUAAAAUAAUUUUGUUAUGUAAAGAAAAGCUUCAUGGUUACUAAUAUCCAUAGGUUUAUUUUUCUAUAUACAAAAUGCUGGUGAUGUAACUUUGAUAAGGGGUGGGAGGGGGGAUUGCUGAAUCUAUGUCACGGGGUGUAAACCCUUCCUCAGAAACUUUUUGAUCAAUUCAAAAGCAAAGUCUAACGUGAAUUUUGCCAUUGAAAGAUCAACAGAAAAGUUUCUUGGAUAUUAAAGUGUCUCUUAUGAUAUUUGUGUUGUAAUUUGUAUUUCAACUUUUAAUUUGUUUUAACUACGCCCAUGUCAUUAACAAACAAAACUGAAAAUCCUUCUGUUUCAACAACACACAGUACGCCAGAUGAAAAGUGGCAUCAUACAAAUGUAGUGACAUAAGUGUAAACAGUGAACAAAAAUGAACCGAAUUCGUUAUACAUAUGGAACAAAAAAUGUACUGACAUCAUUAUACAUAUGGAACAAAAAUGAACCGAAAUCAUUAAAAAUCUUGAAAAAAAUGUACUGACAUCAAUGUACAUAUUGAAAACAAAUGUAUUGACAUGAUUAUACAUUGUGAACACAAAUUUUCCGACAUCAUUAUACAUAUUGAACACACAUUUACUUACAUCAUUAUACUUAUGUGGCAAAAAUGUACUUACUUCAUUAUACAUAGUGAGCACAAAUGUUUUUUAACUUUUUUUUAUAUAUUUUAAUUUAAAAAAUGUAAUUAAAAUCAUUAUACGUAUUGAACAAAAAUUGUAUGUAUUAAAAAAACAUGCAAUGACAUCAUUAUACAUAUGAAACAAACAAGUAAUGACAUCAUUCUACAUAUUAAACACAAAUGUUCUGACAUCAUUAUACACAUUGAACAAAAAAAUUAAAAAGUAAAUAAGGAAACAAUGCUAAAUAUUUGCAUUUAUUAAAACUUUAACUAUUCCACUAUUUUACUAGAAUGUAUGCAGUUUUGUCUAUUGGCUCUACAUAACAUUUACAGCUAUUUAAACGUGUCACUUUUAAACAGCAGUUCUGCAUGAAUGGUACAAUUAUAUCGAAAAUAAAUAAAAAAUCAAUGAACAAGGGGCACUAACCUAAGUUACGCUACUGAAAUGAACAUAUGGGGGGGGGGGGGGGGUGGCCAUUGUAAAACUCUUCUAUUAACCUUAACAAAAAUUGAUAUUCCUAAUAAAAAAAAAAAAAUUUAAAAGAACAAUAUGUACAAAAUGAAAUAAAGGGGGGGGGGGGGGGAGGUUGGCCAUUGUAAAACUCUUCUAUCUACCUUAACAAAUAUUGAUAUUCCUAAUUAACAAAAAAAGAUUUAAAAGCACAAUAUGUACAAAAUGUAAUAAAUGAUAUAGAUUUGAAAACAAGAUAACAUUUUUUUUUUUUUAAAUACUGUUUUUCAACUUCCUAUUUGAUACUAACUGUCACUACUACAUUUCUCAAAAUCACAAUCUAGUUAUGAGUUAUAAUAAUAGAGGCUUAGUGGAUCAAGUGAUAGUGACUAUACUUUAUUAAUAACUUAACACACGAUCACAAUAAUAAUAAUAGUUAUUAACUGAACUUGAAGUACAAGUAAAUAUUCAUUCUCAACAUACUGAUCCGAAAACAAUUUGAAUAUAGCUUCUCGGUAAACUUCUUGGGAAUUACUCCACUUCAUAAAGAUAUCACUAUGACCAAAUCGUCUGACAUAAACUUAACUGUCACCAUUUCUUAUUUCCGUCCUCUGAUUGUUUAGUUUUUACUAAGUCCCAAUACUCUAAAAAUUCAUAAGUAAUAACUCUCACAUUACUUAACUUUUUCAACUCCCUUGUAUUCAUUAUCUCAUAUCUGAGACACUAAUCUAAAGUUUUUUAUUUUUAAAUUUAUGAUUGGAAAUUGUAAGUCCAAAUAUUUCAUUUAUCCUGAAUUUGAUAUUUAAAUGAUAACAAUGGUUUUGAAACUAGGAAUUCUUCUUAUAUUUGAGGUGCCCACGAUCAAUUUGUUGAUCAUUCUGGCUCCUGGUUUAAACUCAGAGUUUGCCUUCUCUUAGACAGGUUGCCGUCCAAGGCUAGCGGGUCCCAUCCACCCGGGUUGCUUGGGAAUGGCUUUGGUGGGGAUUGAACUCCAGACCACCAGCUAUUUCGUUUGAGACAGUUUAGACCGCUCGGCCACCCAGCUACCUUUAUGUGCAUUCCAAAUUUAUUUAUACAAAAUUAAUCUCAUCCACUCCAAACAUUACACAAAAAGACACGUUUAUACACAAGAAAGCGAUUUACUAGUCUAUUAGAAAUGUAUGAAAGGAAGUGUUUUUUUUUUAAAUUCUUCAUAUUAACUUCGCUUUUGUUUGUUGAUAGUCGGCUGGCAAAAUCUUCGGACGGCUAACUUACUAACUUCCCGUCAAGUCAGUGGCGUAGCAAAGGGGGUGCGGGGGUGCAGACAGAAACCGGGUGACACCAUCCCAGGGGGUGACACCAAUGAAAAAAAUGCAUAUUUACAGAACACAAACUGCUCGGUCUAAUUGCAUUUCAUUAUAGGGAAGCGAAUCACACUGACAUUUUUCACACAUAUAACCAGUCCAAAUGCAUGCUUUAUUUAGAAUUCAAGGAUGAUGCGUUAAAAUUGAGGUGAACCUAUAAAUUGUCAGAAAAACACCAUGUUUAUCACGAUGUAACGCCGAUUUAUGUGUUAGGUAACUUUCGUGAUAGUGUGACGAUAUGAUGCUAACCUGAAAAUGACAAUGUUUUUAAUCACCCUCCUAAUUAGAUCCCCCUUCUCCUCCUUUUGAGGUCAGGGCGAGUUAUUUUCCCUGAUUACCGUCACCCCACUUGGAAAGCCACUGAAUUGAUUGUUAUGUUCACCAGUGAACUGAAUUACACAUUAGAAAUGCCAUCCCCCCCCCACGCCAAGCAUCAUUUUCGUCUCGUAUCGGGUGAGCGAUUAUUGAAACGAUUGGAUUCAGAGAUCACAUGGUAGUGAUUAUGUAAUACGCAAUGAGGAUAAAAUCACUAAAAAGGACGUUACAAAAGUUAGAAGUUUCCUUUUCAAGAUCGACUCUUAAGUUAGCACAGUCAACUUAGAGUGCCUUAAAUCCGGCUUUCCAAAACCUACCUGGUUGCUAGAUCGCCGUAAUGCUGCAUUACUGUCAACGGCGCCUUAGCAGCUGGAUUGAGAAAUCUUUUCCUGAGGCCUGAGUCCACGAACCCCGCCCAGGAAACCCUCCGAAAGACAAAUCCAUCGCCCGCAUGGAUAUGAUCGCUUGGUGAUGGGACUUUACUCCCCUGAGAAGUUAUCACACAUUCCCACCACAGCGUACUGGGGAAGAGGUUUCCCAGAAGGUACAGUUGUGAUUGAUAUCAUCCACUUUCCUGAACGUCCUAAGAAGCACUGAGCCCUGAGAAGCCACGUUGUAAGGAAUCGCUGGGGCCACUUCCACGUCGAAGUGAAACUACCUUUGAUUGAUCAAGCCAGAUCAUCAGAACGAUUGACUGAUAGUUAAGUUUGAAAGGUCUGAUCGCAAACGAUUGUAAAACAAAGCAAACCGAUUGUUAUUAAGAGAUCUAGGCUAUACUGGAGGCCAUUGUACAUAAUAACAUAUAAACCUAGCUUUAUUUAUAUCAAAGUGUACAUCUUUCACUAUCAUGCCAUAUAUUAACACACCUGUAAAUAAAUAAGUUCAUUGGAUUUACUGAAUGAUGUUAUGAAGUAUUUGAUGGCUAGGGUAUAAAUCACUAAAGAACAUUAAUUACUUUAGUUCAUGAAAUCGAUAUAACAAAAUAGCCAUGGACACAAGCAGCUGUGAUUCUCAUCAGAGAGUUGUUCCAACACCCCUUAAUACAAAAGUCAUUUCACUACAGAUCGGACGCUAAAUAAUGAAAAUUUCUGAAAAAUAAAGUUUUCCAUUGAUAUCAAAUAAGAUGCUGUCAGGAGAUUAUAAGUAGCCUACCUGAAUCGAAUCGGUAAAAAUUAAAAAAACAUUUUACAAAAGACUUUUUACUUAUUAAUGGAUUUUAAAAAAAAAUUAUAUUUUGCUCACUUUUCUGAUAUCUUUAUUAAUUAAUUUAAAUUUUUAAAAAGUAUUUUUGAAAUCAAAUAUAUAUCAAUAUACUAGAAAUACUUUUUGCUCUCUUCAUCAAUAGACCUGCCCCUUAACAUUUGAGGACGAUUGUCAUACAGCAAUGUCUUUUACUUACUGUUAGCUAAUUCCCUAUGGCAUGGGCCUGGGGAGCCGCUCAACAAACUCUUGCCAGAGGAGUAUAGGUAUAGGUAUUGGUCUAGGUCAAGGAGGAACACUUAUAGUUAUAGCCAGGUAGUGGUACAAGUGUAUGAAGUGCACGUUUAGUUAUAGGUAGUGGAACAGGUGUAGGAAGAGCACGUUUAGUUAUAUGUAGUGGUACAGGUGUAUGAAGUGCACGUUUAGUUAUAGGUAGUGGUACAGGUGUAGGAAGAGAACGUUUAGUUAUAGGUAGUGGUACAUGUGUAGGAAGAGAACGUUUAGUUAUAGGUAGUGGUACAGGUGUAUGAAGUGCACGUUUAGUAAUAGGUAGUGGAACAGGUGUAGGAAGAGCACGUUUAGUUAUAGGUAGUGGUACAUGUGUAGGAAGAGAACGUUUAGUUAUAGGUAGUGGUACAGGUGUAGGAAGAGCACAUUUAGUUACAAGUAGUGGUACAGGUGUAGGAAGAGAACGUUUAGUUAUAGGUAGUGGUACAGGUGUAUGAAGUGCACGUUUAGUUAUAGGUAGUGGAACAGGUGUAGGAAGAGCACGUUUAGUUAUAGGUAGUGGUACAGGUGUAUGAAGUGCACGUUUAUUUAUAGGUAGUGGUACAGGUGUAGGAAGAGCACGUUUAGUUAUAGGUAGUUGUACAGGUGUAUGAAGUGCACGUUUAGUAAUAGGUAGUGGUACAGGUGUAGGAAGAGCACGUUUAGUUACAGGUAGUGGUACAGGUGUAGGAAAAGCACGUUCAGUUACAGGUAGUGGUACAAGAGUAGGAAAGCACGUUUAGUUACAGGUAGUUGUACAGGUGUAGGAAGAGGACGUUUAGUUAUAGGUAGUGGUACAGGUGUAGGAAGAGCAAGUUUAGUUAUAGGUAGUCAUACAGGUGUAUGAUGUGCACGUUUUAGUUAUAGGUAGUGGUACAGAUGUAUGAAGAGCACGUUUAGUUAUAGGUAGUGGUACAGGUGUAUGAAGUGCACGUUUAGUUAUAGGUAGUGGUACAGGUGUAUGAAGAGAACGUUUAGUUAUAGGUAGUGGUACAGGUGUAGGAAGAGAACGUUUAGUUAUAGGUAGUGGAACAUGUGUAGGAAGAGAACGUUUAGUUAUAGGUAGUGGUACAGGUGUGUGAAGUGCACGUUUAGUUAUAGGUAGUGGAACAGGUGUAGAAAGAGCACGUUUAGUUAUAGGUAGUGGUACAGGUGUAGGAAGAGAACGUUUAGUUAUAGGUAGUGGUACAGGUGUAGGAAGAGCACGUUUAGUUAUAGGUAGUGGAACAGGUGUAGGAAGAGAACGUUUAGUUAUAGGUAGUGUUACAGGUGAAGGAAGAGAAUGUUUAGUUAUAGGUAGUGGUUACAGGUGUAGGAAGAGAACGUUUAGUUAUAGGUAGUGGUACAGGUGCAGGAAGAGCACGUUUAGUUAUAGGUAAUGGUACAGGUGUAGGAAGAGAACGUUUAGUUAUUGGUAGUGGUACAGGUGUAUGAAGUGCACGUUUAGUUAUAGGUAGUGGAACAGGUGUAGGAAGAGCACGUUUAGUUAUAGGUAGUGGUACAGGUGUAUGAAGUGCACGUUUAUUUAUAGGUAGUGGUACAGGUGUAGGAAGAGCACGUUUAGUUAUAGGUAGUGGUACAGGUGUAUGAAGUGCACGUUUAGUUAUAGGUAGUGGAACAGGUGUAGGAAGAGCACGUUUAGUUAUAGGUAGUGGUACAGGUGUAUGAAGUGCACGUUUAUUUAUAGGUAGUGGUACAGGUGUAUGAAGUGCACGUUUAGUUAUAGGUAGUGGUACAGGUGUAGGAAGAGCACGUUUAGUUAUAGGUAGUUGUACAGGUGUAUGAAGUGCACGUUUAGUAAUAGGUAGUGGUACAGGUGUAGGAAGACCACGUUUAGUUACAAGUAGUGGUACAGGUGUAUGAAGUGCACGUUUAGUUAUAGGUAGUGGUACAGGUGUAGGAAUAGCACGUUUAGUUACAUGUAGUGGUACAGGUGUAUGAAGAGCACGUUUAGUUACAGGUGGUCGUACAGGUGUAUGAAGAGCACGUUUAGUUAUAGGUAGUGGUACAGGUGUAUGAAUAGAACAUUUAGUUAUAGGUUGUGGUACAGGUGUAUGAAGUGCACUUUAGUUAUAGGUAGUGGUACAUGUGUAUGAAGAUAAGGUUUAGUUAUAGGUAGUGGUACAGGUGUAGGAAGAGAACGUUUAGUUAUAGGUAGUGGUACAGGUGUAUGAAGAGCACGUUUAGUUAUAGGUAGUGGUACAGGUGUAGGGAGAGCACGUUUAGUUAUAGGUAGUGGUACAGGUGUAUGAAUAGCACAUUUAGUUAUAGGUAGUGGUACAGGUGUAGGAAGAGCUCGUUUAGUUAUAGGUAGUUGUACAGGUGUAGGAAGAGCACGUUUAGUUAUAGGUAGUGGUACAGGUGUAGGAAGAACACUUUUAGUUAUAGGUAGUGGUACAGGUGUAGGAAGAGCACGUUUGGUUAUAGAUAGUGGUACCUGUGUAUGAAGAGCACUGUUAGUUAUAGGUAGUGGUACAGGUGUAUGAAGAGCACGUUUAGUUACAGGUAGUGGUACAGGUGUAUGAAGAGCACGUUUAGUUAUAGUUAGUUGUACAGGUGUAUGAAGAGCACGUUUAGUUAUAGGUAGUGGUACCAGUGUAUGAAGAGAACAUUAAGUUAUAGGUUGUGGUACAGGUGUAGGAAGAGCAAGGUUUAGUUAUAGGUAGUGGUACAGUUGUAUGAAUAGAACGUUUAGUUAUAGGUAGUGGUACAGGUGUAUGAAGAGCACGUUUAGUUAUAGUAGUGGUACAGGUGUAGGAAGAGCACGUUUAGUUAUAGGUAGUGGUACAGGAAUAGGAAGAGCCCGUUUCGUUAUAGGUAGUGGUACAGGUUUAGGAAGAGCACGUUUAGUUACAGGUAGUUGUAAAUGUUUAGGAAAAGCACGUUUAGUUACAGGUAGUGGUACAAGUGUAGGAAAGCACGUUUAGUUACAGGUAGUUGUACAGGUGUAGGAAGAGCAGGUUUAGUUAUAGGUAGUGGUAGAGGUGUAGGAAGAGCACGUUUGGUUAUAGAUAGUGGUACCUGUGUAUGAAGAGCACGGUUAGUUAUAGGUAGUUUUACAGGUGUAUGAAGAGAACGUUUAGUUACAGGUAGUGUUACAGGUGUAUGAAGAGCACGUUUAGUUAUAGGUAGUGGUACAGGUGUAUGAAGAGCACGUUUAGUUUUGGUAGUGGUACCAGUGUAUGAAGAGAACAUUUAGUUAUAGGUUGUGGUACAGGUGUAGGAAGAGCAAGGUUUAGUUAUAGAUAGUGGUACUGGUGUAUGAAUAGAACGUUUAGUUAUAGAUAGUGGUACAGGUGUAUGAAGAGCACGUUUAGUUAUAGUAGUAGUACAGGUGUAGGAAGAGCACGUUUAGUUAUAGGUAGUGGUACAGGUGUAGGAAGAGCACGUUUCGUUAUAGGUAGUGGUACAGGAUUAGGAAGAGCACGUUUAGUUACAGGUAGUGGUAAAUGUGUAGCUAAAGCACGUUUAGUUACAGGUAGUGGUACAAGUGUAGGAAAGCACGUUUAGUUACAUAAGUUGUACAGGUUUCGUUAUAGGUAGUGGUACAGGAUUAGGAAGAGCACGUUUAGUUACAGGUAGUGGUAAAUGUGUAGCUAAAGCACGUUUAGUUACAGGUAGUGGUACAGGUGUAUGAAGAGCACGUUUAGUUAUAGUAGUAGUACAGGUGUAGGAAGAGCACGUUUAGUUAUAGGUAGUGGUACAGGUGUAAGAAGAGCACGUUUAGUUAUAGGUAGUGGUACAGGUAUAUGAAAUGCACGUUUAGUUACAGGCAGUGGUACAGGUGUAUGAAGAGCAAGUUUAGUUAUAGGUAGUGGUACAGGUGUAUGAAGAGCACGUUUAGUAAUAGGUAGUGGUACAUGUGUAGGAACAGCACGUUUAGUUAUAGGUAGUGGUACAGGUGUAGGAAGAACACGUUUAGUUAUAGGUAGUGGUACAGGUGUAGGAAGAGCACGUUUAGUUAAAUGUAGUGGUACCGGUAUAUGAAAUGCACGUUUAGUUACAGGCAGUGGUACAGGUGUAUGAAGAGCAAGUUUAGUUAUAGGUAGUGGUACAGGUGUAUGAAGAGCACGUUUAGUAAUAGGUAGUGGUACAUGUGUAGGAACAGAUCGUUUAGUUAUAGGUAGUGGUACAGGUGUAGGAAGAACACGUUUAGUUAUAGGUAGAGGUACAGGUGUAGGAAGAGCACGUUUAGUUACAGGUAGUGGUAAAGGUGAAUGAAGUGCACGUUUAGUUAUAGGUAGUGGUACAGGUGUAUGAAGAGCUCGUUUAGUUAUAGGUAGUGGUAGAGGUGUAUGAAUAGAACGUUUAGUUAUUAGGUAGUGCUACAGGUGUAUGAAGAGAAAGUUUAGUUAUAGGUAGUGGUACAGGUGUAGGAAGAGCACGUUUAAUUAUAGGUAUUUGUACAGGUGUAGGAAGAGCAGGUUUAGUUAUAGGUAGUGGUACAGGUGUAGGAAGAGCACGUUUAGUUACAAGUAGAGGUAAAGGUGUAUGAAGUGCACGUUUAGUUAUAGGUAGUGGUAAAGGUGAAUGAAGUGCACGUUUAGUUAUAGGUAGUGGUACAGGUGUAUGAAGAGCUCGUUUAGUUAUAGGUAGUGGUACAGGUGUGUGAAGAGAACGUUUAGUUAUUAGGUAGUGGUACUGGUGUAUGAAGAGAAAGUUUAGUUAUAGGUAGUGGUACAGGUGUAGGAAGAGCACGUUUAAUUAUAGGUAUUUGUACAGGUGUAGGAAGAGCAGGUUUAGUUAUAGGUAUUUUUACAGUUGUAGGAAGAGCACGAUUAGUUACAAGUAGUGGUACAGGUGAAUGAAGUGCACGUUUAGUUAUAGGUAGUGUUACAGGUGUAGGAAGAGCACGUUUAGUUACAGGUAGUGGUACAGGUGUAUGAAGAGCACGUUUAGUUACAAGUAGUGAUACAGGUGUAUGAAGAGCACGUUUCGUUAUAGGUAGUGGUACAGGUGUAUGAAUAGAACAUUUAGUUAUAGGUUGUGGUACAGCUGUAUGAAGUGCACUUUAGUUAUAGGUAGUGGUACUGGUGUAUGAAGAGAAGGUUUAGUUAUAGGUAGUGGUACAGGUGUAGGAAGAGCACGUUUAGUUAUAGGUAGUGGUACAGGUGUAUGAAGAGCACGUUUAGUUAUAGGUAGUGGUACAGGUUUAGGAAGAGCACGUUUAAGUACAGGUAGUUGUACAGGUGUAUGAAGAGCACGUUUAGUUAUAGGUAGUGGUACAGGUGUAGGAAGAGCUCGUUUAGUUAUAGGUAGUUGUACAGGUGUAGGAAGAGCACGUUUAGUUAUAGGUAGUGGUACAGGUGUAGGAAGAGCUCGUUUAGUUAUAGGUAGUGGUACAGGUGUAGUAAAAGCACUUUUAGUUACAGGUAGUUGUACAGGUGUAGGAAGAGCACGUUUGGUUAUAGAUAGUGGUACCUGUGUAUGAAGAGCACGUUUAGUUAUAGGUAGUGGUACAGGUGUAUGAAGAGCACGUUUAUUUAUAGGUAGUGGUACAGGUGUAUGAAGUGCACGUUUAGUUAUAGAUAGUGGUAAUGGUGUAUGAAUAGAACAUUUAGUUAUAGGUUGUGGUACAGGUGUAUGAAGUGCACUUUAGUUAUAAGUAGUGGUACUGGUGUAUGAAGACCUCGUUUAGUUAUAGGUAGUGGUACAGGUGUAGGAAGAGCACGAUUAGUUAUAGGUAGUGGUACAGGUGUAUGAAGAGCACGUUUAGUUAUAGGUAGUGGUACAGGUGUAGGAAAAGCACGUUUAGUUACAGGUAGUGGUACAGGUGUAUGAAUAGCACAUUUAGUUAUAGGUAGUGGUACAGUUGUAGGAAGAGCUCGUUUAGUUAUAGGUAGUUGUACAGGUGUAGGAAGAGCACGUUUAGCUAUAGGUAGUGGUACAGGUUUAGGAAGAACACGUUUAGUUAUAGGUAGUGGUACAGGUGUAGUAAGAGCACAUUUAGUUAUAGGUUGUGGUACAGGUGUAGGAAGAGCACGUUUGGUUAUAGAUAGUGUUACCUGUGUAUGAAGAGCACGGUUAGUUAUAGGUAGUUGUACAGGUGUAUGAAGAGCACGUUUAGUUACAGGUAGUGGUACAGGUGUAUGAAGAGCACGUUUAGUUAUAGGUAGUGGUACAGGUGUAUGAAGAGCACGUUUAGUUAUAGGUAGUGGUACCAGUGUAUGAAGAGAACAUUUAUUUAUAGGUUGUGGUACAGGUGUAGGAAGAGCAAGGUUUAGUUAUAGUUAGUGGUACAGGUGUAGGAAGAGCACGUUUAGUUACAAGUAGUGGUACAGGUGUAUGAAGUGCACGUUUAGUUAUAGGUAGUGGUACAGGUGUAGGAAUAGCAAGUUUAGUUACAAGUAGUGGUAAAGGUGUAUGAAGAGCACGUAUAGUUACAAUUAGUGGUACAGGUGUAUGAAGAGCACGUUAAGUUAUAAGUAGUGGUACAGGUGUAUGAAUAGAACAUUUAGUUAUAGGUUGUGGUACAGGUGUCUGAAGUGCACUUUAGUUAUAGGUAGUGGUACUGGUGUAUGAAGAGCACGUUUAGUUAUAGGUAGUGGUACAGGUGUAGGAAAAGCACGUUUAGUUACAGGUAGUUGUACAGGUGUAUGAAGAGCACGUUUAGUUAUAGGUAGUGGUACAGGUGUAGGAAGAGCUCGUUUAGUUAUAGGUAGUUGUACAGGUGUAGGAAGAGCACGUUUAGUUAUAGGUAGUGGUACAGGUGUAGGAAGAGCACGUUUGGUUAUAGAUAUUGGUACCUGUGUAUGAAGAGCACGUUUAGUUAUAGGUAGUGGUACAGGUGUAUGAAGAGCACGUUUAUUUAUAGGUAGUGGUACAGGUGUAUGAAGUGCACGUUUAGUUAUAGAUAGUGGUACAGGUGUAUGAAUAGAACAUUUAGUUAUAGGUUGUGGUACAGGUGUAUGAAGUGCACUUUAGUUAUAAGUAUUGGUACUGGUGUAUGAAGAGAAGGUUUAGUUAUAGGUAGUGGUGCACGUGUAGGAAGAGCACGAUUAGUUAUAGGUAGUGGUACAGGUGUAUGAAGAGCACGUUUAGUUAUAGGUAGUGGUACAGGUGUAGGAAGAGCACGUUUAGUUACAGGUAGUUGUAAAGGUGUAUGAAGAGCACGUUUAGUUAUAGGUAAUGGUACAGGUGUAUAAAGAGCUGAUUUAGUUAUAGGUAGUUGUACAGGUGUAGGAAGAGCACGUUUAGUUAUAGGUAGUGGUACAGGUGAGGGAAGAGCUCGUUUAGUUAAAGGUAGUGGUACAGGUGUAGUAAGAGCACUUUUAGUUACAGGUAGUGGUACAGGUGUAGGAAGAGCACGUUUGGUUAUAGAUAGUGGUACCUGUGUAUGAAGAGCACGGUUAGUUAUAGGUAGUGGUACAGGUGUAUUAAGAGCACGUUUAGUUAUAGGUAGUGGUACAGGUGUAUGAAGUGCACGUUUAGUUAUAGAUAGUGGUACCAUUGUAUGAAAAGCACGGUUAGUUUCAAAUAGUGGUACAGGUGUAUGAAGAGAACGUUUAGUUAUAGGUAGUGGUACAGGUGUAUGAAGAGCACGUUUAUUUACAGAUAGUGGUACCAGUGUAUGAAGAGAACGUUUAGUUAUAGGUAGAGGUACAGGUGUAUCAAGAGCAAGUUUAGUUAUAGGUAGUGGUACAGGUGUAGGACGAGCACGUUUAGUUAUAGGAAGUGGUACAGGUGUAUGAAGAGCACGUUUAGUUAUAGGAAGUGGUACAGGUGUAGGAAGAGCACGUUUAGUUAUAGGUAGUGGUACAGGUGUAGGAAUAGCACGUUUAGUUAUAAGAUGUGGAACAGGUGUAUGAAGAGCACGUUUAGUUAUAGGAAGUGGUACAGGUGUAUGAAGAGCAUGUUUAGAUAUAUGAAGUUGUACAAUGUGUAGGAAGAGCACGUUUAGUUAUAGGUAGUGGUACAGGUGUAGGAAUAGCACGUUUAGUUAUAGGAAGUGGCACAGGUGUAUGAAGAGCACGUUUAGUUAUAAGUAGUGGUACAGGUGUAUGAAGAGCACGUUUAGUUAUAGGUAGUGGUACAGGUGUAUGAAGAGCAUGUUUAGUUAUAGUAAGUGUAACAGGUGUAUGAAGAGCACGUUUAGUUAUAGGUAGUGGUACAGGUGUAUGAAGAGCACGUUUAGUUAUAAGUAGUGGUACAGGUGUAUGAAGAGCACGUUUAGUUAUAGGUAGUGGUACCGGUGUAUGAAAAGCACGUUUAGUUAUAGGAAGUGGUACAGGUGUAUGAAGAGCACGUUUAGUUAUAGGUAGUGGUACAGGUGUAUGAAGAGCACGUUUAGUUAUAGGUAGUGGUACAGGUGUAUGAAGAGCACGUUUAGUUAUAGGUAGUGGUACAGGUGUAUGAAGAGCACGUUUAGUUAUAGGUAGUGGUACAGGUGUAUGAAGAGCACGUUUAGUUAUAGGUAGUGGUACAGGUGUAUGAAGAGCACGUUUAGUUAUAGGUAGUGGUACAGGUGUAUGAAGAGCACGUUUAGUUAUAGGUAGUGGUACAGGUGUAUGAAGAGCACGUUUAGUUAUAGGUAGUGGUACAGGUGUAUGAAGAGCACGUUUAGUUAUAGGUAGUGGUACAGGUGUAUGAAGAGCACGUUUAGUUAUAGGUAGUGGUACAGGUGUAUGAAGAGCACGUUUAGUUAUAGGUAGUGGUACAGGUGUAUGAAGAGCACGUUUAGUUAUAGGUAGUGGUACAGGUGUAUGAAGAGCACGUUUAGUUAUAGGUAGUGGUACAGGUGUAUGAAGAGCACGUUUAGUUAUAGGUAGUGGUACAGGUGUAUGAAGAGCACGUUUAGUUAUAGGUAGUGGUACAGAUGUAGGAAGAGCACGUUUAGUUAUAGGUAGUGGUACCGGUGUAUGAAAAGCACGUUUAGUUAUAGGUAGUGGUACAGGUGUAUGAAGAGCACGUUUAGUUAUAGGAAGUGGUACAGGUGUAUGCAGAGCACGUUUAGUUACAGAUAGUGGUACAGGUGUAUGAAGAGCACGUUUAGUUAUAGGUAGUGGUACAGGUGUAUGAAGAGCACGUUUAGUUAUAGGUAGUGGUACAGGUGUAGGAAGAGCACGUUUAGUUAUAGCUAGUUGUACAGGUGUAGGAAGAGCACGUUUAGUUACAGGUAGUGGUACAGGUGUAGGAAGAGAACGUUUAGUUAUAGGUAGUGGUACAGGUGUAGUAAGAGCACGUUUAGUUACAGGUAGUGGUACAGGUGUAGUAAGAUCACGUUUGGUCAAAUAGUGGUACCUGUGCAUGAAGAGCACGUUUAGUUACAGGUAGUGGAACAGGUGUAUGAAGAGAACGUUUAGUUAUAGGUAGUGGUACAGGUGUAUGAAGAGCAUGUUUAGUUACAGAUAGUGGUACCAGUGUAUGAAGAGAACAUUUAGUUAUAGGUAGUGAUACAGGUGUAUUUAGAGCACGUUUAGUUAUAGGUAGUGGUACAAGUGUAGGAAGAGCACGUUUAGUUAUAGGAAGUGGUACAGGUGUAGGAAGAGCACUUUUAGUUAUAGGUAGUUGUACAGGUGUAUCAAGCGCACGUUUAGUUAUAGGUAGUGGUACAAGUGUAGGAAGAGCACGUUUAGUUAUAGGAAGUGGUACAGGUGUAUGAAGAGCACGUUUAGUUAUAGGUAGUGGUACAGGUGUAUGAAGAGCAUGUUUAGUUACAGAUAGUGGUACCAGUGUAUGAAGAGAACAUUUAGUUAUAGGUAGUGAUACAGGUGUAUCAAGAGCACGUUUAGUUAUAGGUAGUGGUACAAGUGUAGGAAGAGCACGUUUAGUUAUAGGAAGUGGUACAGGUGUAGGAAGAGCACGUUUAGUUAUAGGUAGUGGUACAGGUGUAUCAAGAGCACGUUUAGUUAUAGGUAGUGGUACAAGUGUAGGAAGAGCACGUUUAGUUAUAGGAAGUGGUACAGGUGUAUGAAGAGCACGUUUAGUUAUAGGAAGUGGUACAGGUGUAGGAAGAACACGUUUAGUUAUAGGUUGUGGUAGAGGAGAAAAGGUAAGCAUAGGAAGAGGUGUAGAUAUUGUAACGAUCAUAUGGAGUGAUGAUGUUACUUUUAGUUAAUUACUUAUAUUAUGUAUUCACCAUCACAGACGUCCAUGAUUAUCUAACGAAGCACGAUGAACAAAAGUUAGUGUUUGCAUCACAACAUUUAUUUACUGAUUAAAGUACACCAUAUGAAAUAAUACCUCCAUAAAUCAGAGCAAAUAUAAUUGUCAUAACUUCUUCCACUUUACAUUUGUUGAAUCAACAUUAAGAGUUCUGUAUUAUACAAAAGUAAUUAUAGCAAGUGCUAAUCAAGAAAUAUACUCAAACCGCCAUUCAUCCGUGUUCUUCACUGUCUAUCCAAUAACUGCCCAACUUCCUGUCCUUUCUACUUAACAAAACAAUACCUUCUUUUGAAACAACAUUAAGAUCUAAAUAUUUGAUAUGUGACAGAUAUAAUUGACAGAGAGAGAGAUAUAUACACGCGCACAACUAGACGCAGAGAAAUGGGUAUGCCUUAUUCUAACGUUUAAAUCAUUCGGUUACCCAGCCUAGCGAGUUCAAUUGCAUAAUAUUUCAUGUCUAUCGUAAAGAUUGUUAUAUUUUUUAACCAAGUUGAACUUUGAACCGACCGUGGCAAACGUGACACACAUGACUAAUUUUAGAACACGCGUCGCAACUGUACAAAAUCCAAACAAUCAUUUCAAUUAGCUUUGACACUCGCUAUAUAUCCCUGUGGAUAUAACGUAAUGACUUCUCUUUGUAUUUAUCUUCCUUUAACAAGCAUUAAAAAUACCUUAACCAUGACAAGUUCCAUACGGUAACGUUUUAGUUAUGUCAGAGUUAGCCCUCUACAACAAUCACUCAAACAUAUAAAGGAGUUAUUUUUUAAAUGGUAUCCCAAUACAAUCGUUUUAAAUAAUUAAAAUAGGACUUAAUUCUACAUCUAUUAAUUCAAGUCAAAACUAUUGCGUUGUCUCAGUGGCGUCGCUUGGAGGUGCGGAAAGCCUGGAUGACACCAUCUCAGGGUUGACACUAAAUUGAAAUAUUGCAUAUUUACAGAGAAAAAACUUUUCGGUCUAAUCAAAUCUCAUAAAAGAAUAACCAAAAGUCCUCAAACGCUAGAGUUUCCCCCUUGAGGUGGGAUGGCCAAUUGACAUCUGACCCAAAAGCACAGGCGUGGAUACUCAAUCAGCCGUUCCAGUCGGUCUUUGGUGACGUUAGGAGUACUCUGAGACUGAGUUCCUUCUGAAGACCAAAAGGAUGAACUGAGCCUACCCUAUCAUGGGAGAUAUCCAGAUAUCAGGACAAAUUGUGUUUGCCCUCCUCAAUACCAUUAACCCUUACAAAGCAUGUGGUCCUGACAACAUCAAACCACGAGUGCUCAAAGAAUUAGCCAAAGAAAUCGCUCCUGCACUCGGUCUAAUCGAAUUUCAUAAAAGGAAAACCAAUCAAAUGUAAACUUCCCACACAGGUAACCAGUCCACAUGCAUGCUUUAUUAAAAGUUCAAGGUUGAUGCCUCAUAACUGGGAUAACCCUAUAGUUAGGUCAGAAAAAAACCCGUUCUCAACAGGAUUGAAGUGUUUGUUAACUUUCGUAAGUGACAGGGAGUUAUGUCAAUAUAAAUUCUGAGAAAUAAAGCUUUCCAUUGAUACCAAAUACGAUGUGGUCGAGCGAUUCUCAGUACAUAAAUCGAAUCUGUAAAAAUUCAACACUUUACAAAAUUACCAUUUACCCAUUUAAAGAGUUAACAAAAUAAUAUUUUUAGAAGAUUUUAAUAACUUUUGUUUGAAUGUAAAAAAAAAGUUUUUUGAAUCAAAAUAUAUUAAAAUAAGAAAUACUCAAAUCUAAAUGUUAUCGCCGAUUAGCCACUCACACUUUGACACCCCCCUUUAACCGUUAGCCCUUUUGAAAUACAGCACAAGGUCAUUUACGUGCUGUCUGUGAUUUCACGUUUAUCUGCUACAUUUUCACAUCGGCUAAUCUACUUACGGAAGUUAAUCUUAUACAGCAGUAUCUGCAAACCAAAGGCUUUAAUCUUGACAAAGUGGUGACCAACCUAGAGAUUUUAAGAUUGUUUCUCCAAGAGAAGGGCGGUAACUUGGUGGAACAUGCUAUUGAAAAGGCACUUUUAAAAUAAGACAAAUUAUGGAAUUUCUGUAAAAAGAAGAUUAAGGUUUAAGAAGAGAAUUGCAGGAGAACAGUUUAUUGAUGUCGGACUCUCAACGUCUAAAGAAAACAAAAUGGAGAUGGAGAUGCUGGAAUGUAUUGAUAGCUUUUCUUCUGAAACACCCCAGAUCAGAUCAAUUACGAUAAAGAAAUUAACAUAUAUUUGUGGGCUGUUCAACCAACCAGGCUACUAUCAGCUCAUAAAGAAGAGUUAUUGAUGUCCAUUCCAAAAUUAAACUCUUUCUAUGUUGAAUUAUCAGAAGAUGAAAUUUUUUAAAAAAUAUUAAGGCUUAGAAGACACCUAAAGGCAGCUGAUAUUGAAUUUCCUAAAGUCAUGGACUGGUCAGCAUAUGAUGUCAUUAAAAUCAUAUCUAAAUGAGACUUUUUAGUAUCUCUUCGAGUACUCUCACUAAGCCUUCAAUUGUUUGUUAUGAACUGUGUGUUUGUGGCUGCAUGUAAUGAGAGCUUUUCAAAAUAAAGCUUAUCAAGAACUAGUUUCGAACCACCAUGGGACACUAAAGGCUUCUAAAUCUGGCUCUAAUAUCAAUUGAAAAAGAUACGGCGAUGAAUGAUAUUGAUUUUGCUUGGGUGAUUGACAUAUUUGUAGCUUUGAAAACCAGAAAAGAAACAUAUUAAUAACGUAAAUUUAAUGUAAAAAUAACGAUAACGUAACACUGUUACAGUUCUUAAAUAAAUCUACUUCCUGAACUUCAAUUAUUUUUUGUGUGUGUGUUUCAUUUGAUUGCUAUACUGCGGACUUAUUUUAACAAGGAGAACACUAUCGUGGAAGUCUGUAAGAGAGAUGACACAAUGAAUUUACUGCACCGAGUGACAACAAGCCUAGCUAAGCAAUGCGUCAAGCUAUCGAGCUGAUAUUUAGCACAUAGACUCGUUGCCAAUGACAACAAAUACUAUUAAAUUUUCAACCACAAUUCCAAACCUCAAACCCCAAAGGUCAGCGUUACUUUCUUUUCAAAGUAAACAUGAAGAAAAUCCCGAUAACUGCUCCAAAUGAGGUGUUAAAAAAAAUAUAUCACAAGUGCGUUUGGUGCGUAAUACUUCCUUUGUUUUUCUGAAAUAGUUGGUGUAAUAAAUCUGUGGUGCAAAAGUAGGCGGGUCAAAAGAAUGUAAAUAUAUUUCAGGGGCGUGAAAACAAUGUGCGGUUGAGAGCCUUGAGGGUGAGGGGGAGCACUAAGCUGAUUCUUAUAAUUGCAUUACGUGUAUGCAUGUUUUGUCAAAUUUUCAGCCCUAACCCGCCAUUGCUAAAUAUUAAAUUUUAUCCACUUUAUAAUAAGAUACGGUACAUCAUAAAUAAGAUACGUUAUAGAUAAGAUAUAUAAUAGAUAUGAUGCUUCAUGGACAAUAUACAUCUUAGACAAGGUACAUCCUAAACAAGAUAUAUGAUAGACAAGAUAUAUCUUAGACAAGAUACAUCUUAGACAAGGUACAUCAUCGACAAGAUACAUAUUAUAGAUAAGUUACAUCAUAGAUUAGUGACAUUACUAACAAGAUAAUUAUAUCAUUAUUGCAUCAUAAAUAAAAUACGUAAAAAUAAAAUAUUGAUUAAACUCGUAUAAUUAUUAUAUAUCUUACUUCCGGACAAGGUAUGCCAAAAUGGCUGAUCUCAAGAAGAGCAAUAGAGAUUUGAAAAUUCUGCUUAAUGUACCAGUACCAUGGGUAGCACCCAAGCCUUUCGCUGCAAUCGUGGCUAUAGAAGACAGCCGAAAGGAAUUUAUCUCGAAUGCCAUAACUUACUUAAGAAAACAUAAAUUCGAUGGCCUUCAUAUUGAUUGGAGGUAUCCAAAUAAAGAUGGAGUUACAGAGGAAAAAAAACAUUUAACUGCUUUCCUGAAGGUAUGGGUAAAAUCUUUAAUAUAUUAUUUCUUUAAAUACGAUUGCCUCCAAUGCCUGUUAGCACGCAAAAUAUAAUUUGAGAUAACUACGAUGGAUGAAAUCUUUAAAAAAAAUUUAACGCAACUUCGAUCGAUGUUUAAUAUUUUCUUUUCCUUACGGAAAUGGAAAUGGUCUCAAUUUAAAAAUGGCGUGAUAAAAGUUAGGUUUAAAAGUAGCUUGGACAUCAGAUUAUUAAUGUAGAAAUAAAAGCGUGCAGUGGUUUACCAUGGGCCGGGGGGGGGGGUGGGGGGAGUGUGUAUUAAAAAUGUGGAUUCUUAAAUGUGCGUUGCUAAUACUUGAGUUCACAUUUUGUAAAUUCACUAAAGUAAAAAGGAAUUUCAUGCAAUGCUGUCGCCGAAAGUCUCAAUUUAAAAAUGGCGUGAUAAAAGUUAGGUUUAAAAGUAGCUUGGACAUCAGAUUAUUAAUGUAGAAAUAAAAGCGUGCAGUGGUUUACCAUGGGCCGGGGGGGGGGGUGGGGUGAGUGUGUAUUAAAAAUGUGGAUUCUUAAAUGUGCGUUGCUAAUACUUGAGUUCACAUUUUGUAAAUUCACUAAAGUAAAAAGGAAUUUCAUGCAAUGCUGUCGCCGAAGUUUAGCAAUUAAUAACUGAUUUAGUAUUAUUUCACAAGAUUAUUUUGUGUAUUUUAAAGAAUCUUUGGACUCUAUCAUUUAAUGGUAGAAUAUGGGCUUUAGAUUCUGUGAAAAUUUGGGUACAUACAUUUUGAGAGAGAACAUUUUUAUAGUAAAAAUACAACAAUAUUAAAUUCACAAUGUUGUUCACAUUACAUUUAGAUAACGUCACUUUAUUGAAAUGUUUCUUUAACAAAACAACUAUCCACAUCUCCAUCAAUUGAUAUAACUGCACAGAACCACCAUCAACUUAUACAUAAAUUGAUAUACCUGCACAGAACCACAAUCAACUCGUACAUGAAUUGAUAUACCUGCACAAAACCACCAUCCACUUGUACAUGAAUUGAUAUACCUGCACAGAAUGCAAAUCCACGUAUAAAUAAAGUGGAUAUACCUGCACAGAACCACCCUCCACUUGUACAAAAACUGAUGUACCUGCACAGAACCACCAACCACAUGUACAUGAAUUUGAUAUACCUGCACAUAACCACUGUCCACUUAUACACCAAUGUAUUUACCUUCAUUGAACAUGGUGGAUUUCGUCAAAAUUACUUCAAAUGUUAUUUUAAACUGUAAAUGUAGCAGUAAAAAUAUCGCUGCGUUAUUUUAAGAAUCCGUGCUUUUAAAUUACGUUUCAAAUUUUUAAAAAAAAAUUACUAGUAAAUUUAUACUGAUCAUCAACUUAGCGAUUGGUUUUCGACGCGCAAUGGUUUUAUUUUUAUUUUCGAUUUUUACAAAUGAUUUUGUAUAUUGUAUAUUGACAAUGUAUAUUGUAUGAUUUUGCAGGAGGCGUCUGAGGCAUUUAAAAAAAAUUCAAUAGAAACUGGAAGAUCAAGACUCCUACUGAGCGUAAUUGGUCACCCCUUUAAAGUUCACGUCUAUGAGGUCUCCGAAAUUGCAAGGUAUUUUAUGUUUCAGUAUUGCCAAGUGAUUGAUAAACUUUCAAAAAGGGAAAAGGGAGGGGGGGGGGGUUAAAAUGGACAGCUUUUAUUUUGCACUCAAAGAAUUAUGUACUUAAGUUUAAAUUUGUUGGAUAGACGUUUAAUUUAAAUUGAUUGUUGUUGUUUUAACACAAUAGAAAUGUUAUUUCGUUAUUGCAAUUUUCCCCAAAUUAUCUUGAUUCAGAAAAAUAACUUGAUAUUCAUUUCUGAGCCUUUUACUUAAUAGCAUUUUCAAAAUAUUAGAAUAAAAUUCUUUAACUUAUUAAAAAGCGAUUUAUAAAUGCAGACUUAUAAAUAUUUUUUUGAAAUAUUUGAUAAAAAUAGGUAUGUGGACAUGAUGAACAUUGUAGACUUUAUGUUCCAUGGCCCCUGGGAUACACACAUAAGUCAUCACAGUCCUCUAUACGAAGACGACUAUAGCGUGGUAAAGAAAUAACGUCAUAUAUUUUCACGUGUUUAUUGAAUACUCUAAUUCCAAAAGGAAAUGUAAACCACCAUUGUUAUUUCAAAUAUAAGAUGUUUUCUGCUCAUAAUGCUUAAGAUUUAAACUCAACACAUAGUUAAAAUAGUGCGUAAUGCUUUAAUGGUCUGGCUUAGGUGUUUUAAGAUCAAUUUCCAAUCCCAAGUCCUUUUCACCAUUUUCUUUAAGAAUGAUUACAUGUUUGAUUUACAAAAAAAAAUAUAUUAAUAAGUAAUUUUAAAAAAUAAUUACAAUCAUCCAAAAAAAUUAAUAUGAAAAAAUAUGUGUCCAGUUUCAGGGACGUCAUUUGGGUAGGGCAGGGCGAACAUUGCCCCCCCCCCNUGUGAUUUUUUGCAUGUAUUAUUUAAAUUGCUAUGUACUGUGACGCCUCCAGUAAUAAGUAACUUAACAAGCCGACCAGGUUUUGGUUUUGCCCCCCCCCCCACUUUUGCAAAAACUUGAAAUAAUGCCACUGUUUAGCUGUACUGCGAUAUGUGUUUAGCAAUUUGAAAUUAAAUGUGUUUGGCUGCAUAACAUCAUGUGCUUAGCUGUAUGACAAUGUAUAUUGUAUAUAUUCAACUGUGUUUAGCUUUAUGACAAUAUAAAUUGUAUGUAUUAAACUGUAAGUGUUAAGCUGUAAUACAAUGUACAUUUUAUGUGUUAACUGCAGUGUUUCGCUGUAUGACAAUGUAUAUUGUAUGCAUUAAACCGUAAGUGUUUAGAUGUAUGACUAAUAUACAUUCUCUAUGACAUUAUAUAAUUAUACUAUAGGUAGGGCAACGCAGUUAUAUAUAAUUGCGAAAAUGCUGAUUAGGGCUUCCUUCAAAUACAGAUAUGAAUGGCAUUAGUAAUAAAAUAAUAGAAAUAUCAGAACCUAUUCGAUUCGAUCUCAUAGAGCCAACAGUACAUUUUUUUUUUACAAAAUUAUUCCUUAGCUCCAAUUUUAUUAAACAUCGUUAGAGGCUUAAAUGCAAAAAAAAACACAAACAAACGUAUGUUUGUAUUUUAUAAUUUGACACAAAAUUGAGGAGUUUUCAAUGACGCAACAUCAGCACGUGUCAAAAUUAGCGCGCAAAAGGGAUUUUAAUAUCUGAAGGCACAUACGGAUUCUGCAAUCAUAAUUAAUAAUGAUCUCAAAUAGAAAUACUGAAAUCGUAUAUAAUACUGCUCUCAUGCAUAUAUAAAUACAAUUCUCAUAUGUAAAACCUGAACUCGUAUAUAAUACUUUCUCAUGUAUAUAUAAAUACAAUACUAAUAUGUAAAUACUGAACUCAUAUAAAAUAAUGUUCUCAUGUAUAUAUAAAUACAAUACUCAUAUGUAAAUACUAAACUGAUAUAUAAUUCUGUUCACAUGUAUAUAUAAAUACCAUCCUCAUAGACACAUACUGAACUCGUAUAUAAUACUGUUCUCAUGUAUUUACAAACGCAUUCCAAUAUUAUUUUAGGACAGUUCAUUGCAAACUUGGAAGAACAAUGGAAUGCCUGCUGAGAAGUUAAAUGUAGGUAUAACUUUUAUGGGCAUAUAUGCUCAUGUGGAUAACAAAAUGCAGCAUUCUUACCGCAUGAAAAUUGUCAAUGUUGAAAAGCCACUUUACACUUCAAAGUGCGCUGGAUUGAUAUCAUUCGGUGAGGUAAGCGUCUCAUGAGAUGGAAUUUUUUUUCAAAUAAUUUUACAAUGAUUGGCUCUAAGAUUAAUAGUAUAGAAAACAACACCAAAAAAAUCUUCGUUUGAUGCAUUUGGCUUUUAAACGUUUUUCUGGUUUUUUUUGUGACGCUUAUUUCAUAAAUAAAUACACACAUAUUUCAUUCUAAAUUUUCAUCGUUUUAUAAUAUUUAAAAAAAAGAAAAAGUGCAUGUUGGUUUAAAUUUAUCAAGGCAAGUUGUAAUCUAUUUUUAAGUUUCUAAAACGAGUUUUUUGGCGUUGUUUUUAUGUCAAGAGAACGAGAAAGGAAUAUUAGCGUUUGUUGACUGGAUGAUACAUGUUUAUAAACUGAUAUAUCAAUAAUUAAUUGGAUUUUAUUUACUUUAAUAAAAAAAAAAACAAUUAUUUAAACUGAUAAAAUCUGAUUUAAACAUCAAUAUUGAUUUAAAUCGAAACUAAAUGAACGGUUUUGAACCUGGCUAACAAGUUUUUAAAAGGCAGUUUUCUUAUCCCAUUUAACCAAAUCGCCAUAGACAUAAUGAUGUUUUUUGGUGUCUUAACCGCUUAAAUGUCGUGAUUGAGAUUCUUCAGGUAAAUAAUUUCCCCUUCGUUGACGUUUAUAUUCUAGUUGUUGUGUGAUGAAAUUUGUAAUUGUCUGUCUUAAAGUGGCUAUACAUGGAAAUUUGGCAAAAUUGAGUAUUCACUUUAUUUCAUUCUGUUUAAACUGCUGUCUAUGUUAGAUCUGACUCAGUUAUGACAUGGUGAAUUUAAUUCAUGUAUUAAAUAGCAUUACCAUAACGCUAUGAUCAUAAAGAUGUACUUUCAUUUUGAUCUGAGAAGUUUUCAGUUUUGAUAACUUUGUUUUCAUAACUAAUAAUUAGGGAUGAUCCUGGUACAAUUUUUUGUUAUUCGAUCAUGGUACUUUAUAACAAUACUUGACGUGUCUGAGUCCCGUACAGAUAUUAAACCUAUCAUAAACAGUCAGUAUCAUCAGGCUUUAGGUAUCAUCAGUAGUUGAGUCAGUUGUUCGUCAGUCGGGGAUCGACCAUGACCACUUUAAUCAUCCGAGUUUGUGCUGGUUCUGUCUGUGUGUGCGCAGAUGGCUAAUGAGGCCGAUUCUGGCACGAAAUUCUCUUGUACAGUAGGUGCAGAGUAAUGAGGGGGCAUCUCCGCAAGCAGAGUCAGACCGGGACUUCCUUGCAUGUCUCUUGCGCUCUAAAGUCGCUUCAUGUUGAAUAGAGCUCUCGUGCAAAGUGGGAUGCUAUGAAGUUUGAUCCUUUGCUUGUUGCUCCCACGAGGCUGGGUUUAAUGUUGAACGCUUCUUCUUCUUCUAUAUCUUAAGGGCCCACGAUCAAUUUAUUGAUCAUUUUGGCUCCUAUGCAUGUAGAUGGGAUUUGCAAUGUUUCUGUUACUGGUGUUGAUGAGGAAAUCAUACACUAGGGGUUUGAAGGCUUGAGGCAAUAGUCUGUACUCUCAGGCAGUAGACUAAUUAUUAUGAUUUUUUUAAAUUAUAACUUUUAUCCUCGCUUAAUAAAGUUUGAUCAAUAGAAAUAUUAAAAUAAAAUAUUGGAAUGUUUUGUAUUUAUUCCAAUUGCCUUAACAUUGAUAAUGGUAUUUUGCAUAGUGAAUAAAAUAAAAUAAAUAAUUUCUAUUAAACUUAUAGUAUCAAUUAAAAAAAAAUUGAAAUUAAAUUAGUAUAGUAUGGUCCUUACAAAUUGCCAUUUUGGAUACGUGCCUGUGGAGGCGUUUGAGGUGGAUCGAUCAAUGACUCAAGGGUGCUGAUUCAAUUGUUAUGUUCAAUUUGAUUUUAAUUAAUAAUCUUCCUUUUUUAGUGUAACAUGUUUUAAAUAAUUUAAUUGAUAAUUGUUGUGGGUGAUUUUUUUAAUAUUAUAAUUUAAUUAGUAUAUAAUAAGUUAAUUUUCAGUAAAUCUCUUGAAAUAUUGUACUACUAACGUGGAUUAAAACACUUCGAUAAAAAAUUAUUGAUAUUUAUUUAAAAAAUUUUCAGAUCUGCAAAUUGAUAGUUGAUCAAAAUAAAGUGCAUAGACAUAAAAAAGAACGUGUGCCCUCUUACUUUAAUGAUGGCCUGUGGUUGGGCUAUGAUGACAGGAUGAGUGUUGGAGAAAAGGUAGAUUAAAUGUUUUAUGCUAGUACUGGCCAGUUAUAAAUCAAUCUCGUUGAGAGUCUGUUUGUCUCUUUGUGCAAAAAAUGUCGGAAUGCUAAGGCAAUUUCGUAAUUAUCUCUAUCAAUGCUGACAACCCACAUGUCAGUACUUUCAAAGCCCUGUGUGACGAACUGUCUGUAACAAUACGUACAACUCAUCUGUCAGUGUUUUAUAGUCCUAUGUGACCAACUUUUUGUAACAGUGCUGUUAGGGUCUCAUAUUUAUUCCCCUGAAACCAUCUUGCCAUCACUACCAACUACUUUCGGAUUCUCAUAGCUGUUUUCGUUCCCUGAGACUUCAGAUUCACUUUGCUGGCAAAAGUACCAACGUUCCUGAUGACGAGUUAUUCCCGUUUCAGAUAAUGAAAAUCCAAAUGGACACCACCAUCAAUGCAAUCCAAAGCUUUAGACUUGUACAUAAGGAGCACGGAACAUGACGUCAAGAACCUCGCAUCACCUCAACUCCGGAAUUCUUAUUUGUUUAAAAAAAAUCACUUUUACUCCUUAAGCAACGCAGUUGUAAACAUAGCGUCAUUAAACCAGUUGACAAAGGUGGGUCAUUGAACCAGGGACAAAGAUUUGUACAUCUAAGAGGCUAAUAUGCAACUGGAAGACAGCAAGUUCUACCAACCGAGAACCAACAAUCCUAUCCACAAACAUAACGAAAUGGUAAAAGAAACUACCAAAAAAAUUAUUGCAGAAUCGGCACUCCCCAAAUCAGCCUCUGCCUUAAACAUCUUUGAUAGUGACCUCGGUAAGCCAUGCUUCUACAUAUUUCCCAAAAUACACAAGUAAGGUAACCCUUGCAGACCCCUUGAAUCAGCAUGCUUUUGCCCCACUGAACAUAUCUCUGAAUUUCUUGAUGGAGAUUUUAACCCAUCGUAUUAUCACUGACAACUUACAUUAAGGACACCAACCAUGCUUUGAAACCUUCCAAUCUAUCAUAAUCCCUCCUGAAGAGAAAAAGGAACAUCAUCUAUUUCUUCUUGAUGUAUGUUCUCUUUACAUUUUCAUUCCGCACACUGAGGGUCUCUUAGCUAUAAAAUCCUUCUCGGGACUAAAUCCCACCGAUCUAUACCCACAAACACCCUACUCCGAUUGGCUGAACUGGUCCUAACCCUCAAUUCGUUUUAGUUUGAUGGCCAAUUUUUCGACCAAAAUCAGCCGUGUUGCUAUUGAAACUAAAAUGAGACACAGCUAUGCAUGCUUGCUCAUAGAGCAUUUAAAACACGUGGUCGAAAUCAGCUUUACUAGACGACUCCCUGAAUUCUAUAAAAGAUACAAAGAUGACGGUAUAAGGGCUCCACUAUAAAGAGGAGUGAAUUGACCUUUUUAUUAAUUUUUAGGCUUCUUUCGCCGCUCCAUUACAUUCAAAUCUCUUGUCCCUGAGACCUCAGUUAAUUCUUUGGACAUUACAGUCACUAUUCACAAAAACAGCGUUCUCACCUUGGCCUAAUUCAAUCCUACAAACAGCCAGAGAUAUCUACUCUACUCUUAAUAACACCCUAAAUCAUAUAAUGUAAAGAAUAUUCUUUUUUCUCAAUUAUUUCGCCUUCGUCGACUUUUUCGGUUGGAGGACGACUUUUGGGACAAAGCAUUUGAGAUGAUAGACUAUAUAAGAUGUAGGUCUAACCCGGAGAGAGUAAUUUCAUCAGCCCUUCCAAUUGCUAAGAAUAUUACACAUGCUGAUGACUUCAGGCCAUGCCUGAGCGACAAUAUUGACAGGAGCAAUCUUAUUAUCACUUACCACCCUCACAAUCUUCUAGCUAAACGUGUUUUUUCUUUAAAAAAACGUUAUGUACUACUCGCAGACACAAACACACGGAAUUCUUCUCUUCCUCACCUCUUAUUGUUUUCAGACGGGAUACAAAUCUGAGAGACCUUGCACGCAGUCGCAUCAACGCUGCCCCCUCCUAGUGUGGGACCAAGCCAUGUGGUAGCAGUGGCUGUAACACUCACCCUUUUUUGUCCAGACUCAACACAUACGUUUCCCUUAAGGCUGUUUUUAGAUACGCGACGGUUUCCUUUGUUCUAGCCGUAAUGUCAUCUACGCCAUUGGCUACACCCGCUGUCAGAUGUCGUACAUACGAGAGACUGUACGCCGACUCUCUGACAGGUAUAUCGCACACCUCUGUACCAUUACUCAAGAUAAAAAGCGCCCCGCCUCCAAAAACUUUAAUAGUACUGACCGCAAAGGCAAGGUGGACUUUUUGAUAUGUUCGAUCGUGGCUAGAAAAAACACACCAAGCCCGGUGAAUUUGGAACAUAAUCUUUUCCUGACCUAUGGCACACUAACACCACAUUAUAAGGACGUUCUGUGCCUUUUCACAGCUCUAACCUAGCUCCGCCCUUCACGUCUCACCUUUUCGCAUUGGACUUACUUCCCCUCUUUUCUUUCCCUCUUCCCUAUUUAAUCUUUGACCCAUUUACUUUCUGUCACAAUUAGAGACUGACCGAAAAUGAUAUUCUGAUUUUGGCCAAAGCCGAAAAUAGGCCGAAAGUUUAAAAUGACUUUCGGCUGAAACCGAAAAUAGGCCAAAAGUUUAAAAAUGAAUUUAGGCCAAAACCGAAAAAAAAACAAAGUUAAAAAUGACUUUCGGCCGAAACCUAAAAAAGGCCGAAAGUUAAAAAUGACUUUUGGCCGAAACCGAAAAUGAAAUAUUUAGAUAUUUGAAAUUCGUUCCCGCAUACAUUCUGCAUACAUCGAAAAUGAUGGGGGAAAGUAUAAAUAUGUACAUUCUUUUUAAUUAAAAAAAUGAAAUAAUCGUGAAUAUUAAAAAAUAAACAUGUAAUAUAACAUCUUGUUCUUAAAGAUCAGUUAGUUUGUUCAUAAAGAUCGCUUAGUUUGUUGUUAAAAAUCGUUUAUUUUGUUUUUUAAGAUCGCAUAGUUUGUUCUUAAGGAUGACGUAUUUUUUGUUUAAAGAUCUUUUAGUUUGUUAUUAAAGAUCAUUACUUUAAAAAAAAAGAUCGCUAAGUUUUUUUCUUAAAUACCGCUUAGUUUGUGUUAUUAAAGAUCGUUUAGUUUGUUCAUAAAGAUCGCUUAGUUUGUUGUUAAAUAUCUUUUAUUUUGUUUUUAAGAUUGCUUAAAUUGUUCUUAAAGAUCGCUUAGUUUUUGUUUAAAGAUCUUUUCGUUUGUUAUUAAAGAUAAUUUAGUUUGUUCAAAAAAGAUACUUAAGUUUUUUCUUAAAGAUCGCUUAGUUUGUGUUAUUAAAAGAUCUUCAGUUUGUUCAUAAAGAUCGCAUAGUAUGUUCUUAAAGAUCAUUGAUUUUGUUCUUAAAUAUCGCUUAGUUUUUCUUAAAGAUCAUUCAGUUUUUUAUGAAAGAUCAUUUAAGUUGUUUUUAUAGAUCAUUUAGUUUGUUAUUAAAAAUCUUUAAUUUUUUCUUAAAUAUCGCUUAUUUUGUUGUUGAAGAUCGCUUAGUUUUUUCAUAAUGAUCACUAAGUUUGCUCUUAUAGAUAUUUGAUUUUUCCUUAAGAUCGAUUUGUUUGUUCUAAAAGAUCUCUUAGUUUUUUCUUAUAAAUUAUUUAGUUUACUAUUAAAGAUCAUUUGUUUUGUUCUUUAAGAUCAUUUAGUUCGUUCUAAAAAAAUCGCCUAGUUUGUUCUUUAAAAUCGUUUUUUUUUUUAAUAAAGUCGAUUAGAUUGUUAUUUAAGAUUGCUUAGUUUUUUUUUUCAAGAUCGUUCAGUUUGUUCUUAAAUGUCGCAUAGUUUGUUGUUAAAUAUCGUUUAGCUUGUCCUCAAAGAUCGCUUAAUUUGUUCUUAAAUAUCGCUUUAUUUGUUUUUAAAAUUCACUUUCUUUGUUUUUAAAGAUCGUUUAGUUUGUUCUUAAAUGUCGAUAAGUUUGUUGUUAAAUAUCGCUUUAUCUGAGUAUUAGAUGAUCGAAAACAUCAGUCACUUGCGGCCGGAUGGCUGAAAGUCUAAGUCAAUUUCAGCUAAAACCGAAAAAAAACGAAAGUUAACUUGUCUCUUUCGGCCGAAACCAAAAUUAAGCCGAAAGUUAACUUUUAGUUUCUGCCAAAACCGAAACUGGGCCGGAAGUGAUAAAAUGGCUACUUUCGGCACCGAAACUGAAGCCGGAGCCGAAGCCGAAAUUCGGUCGGUCUCUAGUCACAAUUCAACUGCUGCCAUUUGGAUACUACUUCUAAUCUAAGUGCGAUGUUUUAAUUCUAUUGUGUUUUUUUUUCUGUUUUGUUGGCUGACGAAGGCUUCCUGCUGAGACGUUCGUUGUUUUGUCGUGUUCCUUUUUUUCAGGUUUAACUUUACUUUUAUUUACAAAUUUCAUAUUGUAACUGUGUCAACAACUCAACUGUCAGUGCUUUCUUGCUCUAUGUGACCAACUGUCUGUAACAAUGACAACCCAUCUAUCAGUGCUUUCAUAGUCCUAUUAUACCACAUGUCUGUAACAACACUUACAUCCCAUCUGUUAGUACAUUCAUAGCCCUAUGUUACCAUGUAUCUUUAACAAGGCUAUCAAUCCAUCUGACAGUUCUUUCAUAGCCUUAUGUGACCAACUAUCUGUAACAAUGAUGACAACCCAUCUGUCAGUGAUUUCAUGGUCCUAUGUUACAAACUGUCUGUAACAACGCUUACACCCCAUCUGUCAGUAUUUUCAUAGCCCUAUGACACCAAGAUCUGUAACAAAGCUGACGACUCAUCUGUCAGUACUUUCAUGGUCUUAAAUAUACGUAAAUACAUGAUUUCCCAUUAAGAAAAUACAGUAUAUUUUAAUGCAUUGAACAUUAGAUUAUAAUUAUCUCAUUGAGGGGCUUGCAUAUUGUGUGCUUUGGCGUACUUAAGCAUUUACUUCACUGGUGGUUCUUUUAUAAGUCCUUAUUACCAACUUUAUAUAGAAUAUGUGUGUUUGAGGGAAUCCUCUAAAGUCAAACUACGUCACAAAAUUGGAGGAUUCAUUUUAUGAAUGUAACAAUGUCUCAAUCUGCUACAUACGGAAUUUAAUCCACUAUUUUAGUCCAGAGAUAAUUCCUAUUUUUUAAUAAAUGUAUUGAAGCCUUUAAUUCAUUAUUAGAAUAUUAUAUGACACACAGAAUAAGUUUGUUUAUAUUUUUUUUACUGAUAUAAGUUUAUGGCACGGCAGUGUUUCAGUUUAAAAUGGUGCAUGAAACUAAACAGUCAAAAAUCAUUCAUCGUUACAACGGUAUUCAUCAAAAGUUAUGAAUGAUGAUUUUAAUUGCCCGUGUGUCUAUAAAGAAAUUAAAUCUUUUUUUUAAAAUAUCAAUGUUUUUUCAUGUAUCAUUCUGGUAUAAUACUAUCUACUAUAUACAUAAGACAAUGUGUCUGUUUAUACAAGAUAUGUUUCUACAUGUAUUUAUUGAUAUUUAUGAAACUUUUGAUACUUGAACUAAAGGGACUGUAGACGUGUUGUGAUUAUUUUAUUGAAUAUUCCGUUCAUAGUUUUAGGUCAAAAGCUUUAUUUUUUUUCUUAUAUGGCCUACAUAAAUAAAAUUACUAAUAAUGGCUAAAUCUAGACAAAACUUUGAACAAAUAAACUUGACAGUCGGUAUUAAACCUGGACAGUUUUGAAAUCAUAACACUCAAUAAGGACAGGGCCAACGACACCUUAUUUCAUUUACCUUACACUUAUUUUUCUAUCAGUCUCUACGAAUUUCCUUGAAUGUUAUAAAAUCGUAACCCGUAUUUGAAGAUAUUUUAAAGGUUUCAGAAAGUUUCAACGAAAUUUAGGAGGUUACACUAUGUAAUCUUAAUAGCCAAGUUAUACCAAAGCUAUAAACAUGUCUUAGUUUACAAAGCAACUUCUAUUUAAUUUCUGCAUAUUUUAUAAAAUUGGUAAAUAUGACUUUCUUGAUGACUUUUAAAAUAUCAGUUGAUUUCAGACUAAAUAUGUUACAUCUUUCUGUUUCUCGGGCCCCAAUGUUACUUUAAAUAAAACGCUCCAUAUUUGAUUUUUUUGUCAUGCGAUUUUAAAAUUGCAAUUUUUAAUAUAAAUAUGUUUGGUAUGCAGUCUAAAAUACUCACUGAUGUAUUCUAUUAAAAUAUUAAGUUAUUUUGGUGACGGGAUCACAAUGGUGAAAAUAUGUAAUGCAGCAACAUUGCAAAGUAUGUGGCCUGCUGCAGUAGAUUGCCCACUCCUGCUUAAAGGAAUUGGCUUUAUUUUAUAAAUUUGAAGAAAAUAAUUACAACAUUUUUAUAGAAUAAAACUGAUAGUGCUUUCAUAGUAGUAUGUGACCGUUUGUAACAAUGAUGCCAAUCCAUCUUUCAGUGCUUUCAUAGUCCUAAUACUAAAGAUUUACUUGCCUUAAAUUUACACACAUAAAACUAAUUUUUGAUUUUCCAAAUGAAGGCAACAUAUGCAAUGGAAAACGGCCAUGGUGUUUGGGUAGAAAAUGUGCAAUACGAUGAUCAUAAUGACACCGCAUGUGACAUGGGCAAGUAUCCCUUGCUUAGGAGUGUUUUUUCUGGAUGCAGUAUCCAAUCAUAAUGAGAUAUAUUUUAUUGCACGCCAAAUUUUCUGAGACACACAAGUGUUCUCACUUUGUAAUUUAAAAAAAAAUAAUUAAGUGAAU